GGAAAUGUAGUUUUUUCCGCUGGCUGGUGAAUGCGGCGCGAGCUGCCUGAUCGUGUGGUCGCGCGCGCUGUGCGGUAGGCGGGGCCUCGCUGAGCACGCAGUUCCCGGAAGAGCUGCUGGGGAAUGACAAGGGGGAGGGGAGCUGUACCCGGAGUUUGUUUAUUGUUUUCCGAUGUGCGGAAUCGCUGUGUGAUUCGUUCGAUGUGAGCCUGGAUGGAGUGGAUGUACUGGCAGUAAGACAGCCGCCGCUCACACAGAACAUGAGUGCGGGGGCCAGCCUGGUGAGUGGAGGCAAUAGGAGCUGGAAAUAAACACUGCUCCAUGUGGAGCCUGCAGGGUGACCGGCCAGCUAUGGCAAUGCUGCACAAGGAGGGAGAAAGUCAUACAUAUAGUAUAAAUACACGGCCCCUCUACCCCCCCAUUAUUGGAGAGGAAUGAUGGGUUACUCGGGAUAUUGUCCAUUAUGGUUGUGUUUAAGAUGUUAAGAUUGUUUUACUUGUAUACCAAGGGUGGACCUCCUUGGGGCUUAUUUAUCAAAUCAGUUAAAGGGAAACUAUAGUCACCCAGACCACUUCAGCUCAAUGGAGUGGUCUGGGUGCCAGGUCCCCCAGAUUUUAACCCUUCAGGUGUAAACAUAACUGCCUUGUUUACAUAGCAGGGUUAAUCCAGCUUUUAGUGGUUGUCUUCCUGACCGCUGCUUGAGUCGUUUCUGUGACGCUGGAUGCGAAAAUCGCAUUCAGUGUGCAGAACGUCCAUAGGGAAGCAUUGAGAAAUGCUUUCCUAUGGACUGUUUGAAUGCGCACGCGGCUCUUGCCGCGCAUAUACACUCCACUCAGGACGUCGGAGCGGGAGGAGAAGUUACCAGCAACGAGGGAGCCUGGCGCUGGAUUAAAGUAAGUAACUGAAGGGGUUUUAACCAUUUCAGUGCUGAGGGAGGGGGACCCUGAGGAGGGGUGGGGGGGACCUAAGUGUUGUAUAGUGUCAGGAAAAUGAGUUUGGUUUUUCUGACACUAAAGUGAUCCUUUAAUUGGAAUAGAAGAGCCUCGUAUGAAUAAUUAUAGAAUAGGAAUGGCCAGCUACUGCAAGUGUCUGCUGCACAUGGUGUAACACAAGUUAAAGGGACACUGCAGGCACCCAGAUAAUUUUAUCUUAUUGAAGUGACCUGGAUGCAUUGUCCCUGUGACCCUGAGCCCUGAAAUGUGAAACUGCAUUUUUCAUAUUCCAGGGUGUAGAGACUGUCUCUAUCAGACAGCCACUAGAAGCUCUUUCUGCUGUUUCACAGAGUUUGACGUCCCCUACAAUAUAUGGACGUCCAGCAUACUCAAAAUCCCCGUAAGAAUACAUUGAUUUAAUGAUUUCCUAUGGGAAAGGCCCAAUGCGCACAAUAGGUUACCUCUUGGUGCUGGAAACUGAGUCAGAGAUCCCUCUGCUCUGGAGUCGAGUGAAAGAAAGGGUGAAUUUUAUUUUGAGUGUCAAUCUAGUUUUAUUGAGGCAUGAAAAAUAUAAAGCAAGAUAGUAUAGUUGUGACUGCACCACGUUGAGACAGGUGUAAAACAGUUGAUCGAGCAUUGGCACAAAGCAAGAGACAUACAAGGCUAUGGUAUGGCGUGUGGCAUGUCACACAGUGAGCUAGAUGGCCUCAUUUUAUAAUAGUAGAAUAAUUAACUUUUUCCGUGCAACGGGGUGGCAAAGGAAUUCCUUAGUGUUAAGAAUAUAGCUUUGUAUGUUUAAUAUAUUAAUCUUUUUAUCAAAUUUUAUAGUAUAGAUAAACCCAACUCAUCCUUACCUUUAUUAUAUGGCCAGAUCCUUCAGUACAGGGUCAAAGUUUGUUUAUGUUUGCCAUCUGCAGCGAACCGUUCGGGACAUCACUACUGGUGGGACGUGGUAAUUGCACCCUAUGUCCCCAAUGCUUCACUAUAAGAAUUGGAUUGGUCAGAGAUUAUCAAUCCUGUUGAUCUCACAGAACAUGGAGCUACUGAGGAUGAGAAUACUGAAGUUUGAUGAUUUUUUUUUUUUUAAAGGGACAGGGUAGGCACCCAGACCACUACAGCUCAUUGAAGUGGUCUGGGUGCAAUGUCCCAUGUCCUUUAACCCUGCAGUGGUAAUUAUUGCAGUUAAUUAGAAACUGCAAUAAUUAUCUCUGAGGGUUAACUCCUCCUCCUAGUGGCUGUCUAUUAGACAGCCACUAGAAGGACUUCUGGAAUUGAAAUGGACCAUUAUCUGACGCUGUACGUCCUCACGCUGUGCAUGAGGAACUCCAGCGUCAGAUUUUUUUUCCCCAUAGGAAAGCAUUGAAGGAAGGGGGUUACUGCAGGAUUCUACAGUGCUAGUAAAAAUGGCUUUAUUUUCCUGGAACUUUAGAAUCCCUUUAAUUAAGUUUUCCAGUAAAAAAAUGGGGGCACUGAAUCUAAAAAGGGCAAAGACACUCUAAAUUUGAAAAACUGAAACCUCCAUAAUUGCUCUCUUGCAGUCUCUCGAUCUCCAGUGUGUCAGUCGGAGGGAUUUCCAGCAUACACUCCCUCAUGUUGGAGCGAUUACUGAGGUCUGCAUCUCUACUGGAGGUGUAUACCUGACACUGUCACAGUAGACUGCCAAAUAAUGACCCACUCCCCCCUACUCCACCAGUGGAGUUAAAACAGAGCACCACCCACGCAUUACAUACAACCAGUAUACAAUACAUUGUGUAUUCAGACCUCUAUUUUUUCACAUUUCUUGUUUAACUUAAAUAUGUUUUUUCCACAUUAAUCUACAUCUACACAAAACAAUAAUGACGAUGCAAAAAUGCAGAUUUGACCGUAAAUUUGUUAAAAUAAAACAUAAAUCACAUUAGUAUUCCGAACUUUAAUUUAGUACUUGUUGAAGAACCGUUGGCUGCAAUUACAGCAUCUUUUAGAGUAUGUUGCCCCAAUCUUUCCACACCUGCAUUUGUGCUUUCCACACCUGGAGUUUUUGCCAUUUGUCUCUCCAGAUCAGGAUGGAAGGAAAUCCGUUUUCAAGGCGCAGCAGAGAUAUUUGUUAGGGUUCAAGUCUAGGCUUAGGCUGGGGAUCUCAAGGACAUUCACACAGUUGUCCCGAAGUCACUUUUGCAUUGUCUUGUUGGAAGGUGAGUCUUUGUCCCCGCUUGAGGUCUGGAGUGCUCUGGUGCUAGUUUUCAUUUGAGGAACACUGUAGGCUCUAUUUCCGCUCUUUGAAUAUAUUAUAGGGUUUGGCUUUUCUUGGUCCUGCCACCACUAGAAGCAUGGCUAAGGCACAUAUUCUCUCUGAUUUAUACCUGAAUGGACACUGUGCUAGGCUGGAGAGGCCAGCUGACUCUGUCUCCCAUUGCUAUUCAGGAUAAAGCUUCAUGAUUAGCCUGAAUGGCACAAAGGAGAUGUAUAGCAUUAAUACAUUAAAGGAACACAGACGUGUUAGGAAUACAAACCAGUAUUCCUAACACUUUAGUGCGCUGUUCCUAGUUGUAGAGGCGUUCCCUCCCCCCUCCUAAUCUUUAAUGCUGUAUUAUCCAUCUGCGUUGCUUGCCUCUUUCUCUUGCAAUGUCAUGGAGGAAGCAUGGCUUCCUCCACUAUGGUCCAAUCUAAUGCUCGACACAAUCCUGCCUUGAAGGACUGAUCAGCAGAGUGCUACACUAAUGGUUUCUCUCAUCUUCUCAGAUCUGAGUGACCAUGAGGUUUUUUUUUUUUUGUCACAUCUCUUUCCAAAGCCCUUCUCCUACCAUUGCUCAGUUAGGCUGGGUGUCCAGAUGUAGGAUCAUGGAACCACUGUGCUUGUUGGAAAACUUCAAUGAGUGCACCCUCUUAAAAAUCCUGCCUUUCAGCUCUGCAGGCAGUUCCUUUGAAGUCAUGUCUAGGUUUGUGCUGUUGUAUGCAUUUACAGCUGUGAGAUCUCAUAUAGCAGGUGUUCUCAACCCAGUACUCAAUGACUCCCUGCCAGCCCCCUAAAACACAUUAGACACAGCAGGGUAAUCCCGAAAUACUGGACAGUUCGGGGGUCCUUGAGGACUGGGUUGAGUACCCCUGUUAUAUAGACAGGUGUGUACUUUUCAAAAUAUGUCCGGUCAAUUGAAUUUGCCGCAGGUGGACACCAAAGUGUAGAAACAUCUUAAAGUUGAUCCAGAGAAAUGGGAUGCACCUGAGCUAAAUUUUAAGUGUCAUAGCAAAGAGUCUGAAAACUUAUGUGACAUUUCUGUUUUUUUUUUUUUUCUUAUUAAUAAACUUGGAAUAGUGUCAAGAAUCUGUUUUUUGCUUUGUCAUUAUGGGUUUUUGAGUGUAGGUAGAUGGGGGAAGCUACAAAAUAUUUUAGCAGAAUGCUGCAAUAUUUAAAAUAAAAAUGAAGGGGUAUGCAUACUUUCUGAUUGCACUGUACACACAAAUUACAUACAUACAGACAACACACACAUGCAUUACUCCCAACCUAAACAGACCACACAUGCACUCGUUGCACAGUUAUGGAGAAGGACAUGGGGCUAAUACCCCAAAUUUUUCACAGAUUAAAUCCCAGUGGCAAAACUAAGACAAAAUAACCAGUUGUGACUAGCUGGGUUGGAUAAUUUUCUAAAUCGGUUAUUUGUGCAUCAGUUUUUCCAUUCAGAUUUAAUUUGGGAAAAUUCAGUUUAGUGAAUAAACUGCCAAUGUCCAUCUCUAAAAAGGUUCCCGGACUAUCUAAUUUGACAUAAAAUUUUAGGUUUGAUUUCCACAUCCAAAUGUAUACUCCAAAAAUAAUUUUCAAGUAAGUCUUAUGUAGUACUAUAUAUGUUUAUUCACAGCCAAAUGCUCUAUUUAAAUUAAUAAUUUUCAACAAAAUUCAACACUGGCGAGUUCCUCUCGUUCAGUUGUUCCAGUUCCUAGACUGCAAGUCGCCUAACAUUACUAAGUCCUCCCAUGACCUUACACAUUCAUUAGUGGCAUUGAUGUUUUUCCUUUUUGGCUCAGUGUGACUUAGAUUUGGGUGAAAAGGUAAACCUUUAAGGAAUUCUAUCAGCCAAGUGGAAGAGAAUUGAGCUCAUUUAGUGCAAAAAAACUCUUGAAUUACAGAUCCUCCUGCACUGAUACGCAUAAUUCUAUAUUAUCCCCAUGUACUUUGGAGAGAAGCCUGAGUUGCAUAUUUAGUGACUUUUUAAAUUGCUGCUGUAGAAGCAUGCUGGUUUGUAGCAAAAUAGUAAACUACUAAUCCUCUGGCAAGUGGCUGGACACACCUCUUGUGUUUUGUAUGUCCAAUGAACCUUCCAUCUAAUAUUAAAGGAACACUAUAGGGUCAGGAACACAAACAUGUAUUCCUGACCUUACAGUGCAAAGCCCACCAUUUAGUUGGCUUGUCCCCUCCUCCCUCCCCACACUUACAAGUUAAUAAACCUCACCUUAUUUUCAGCACUGUGCGGGUCUCCGCCCCCUUGGUGACAUCGUCAGAAUUGCUGGUUUUAUAGCCAAUCCAAUGCUUUCCUAUGAGGAAAGCGUUGGAUUGACUAAAAUCGGCAAGGGGUGGGGCCAAACACUGUUUUGGCGAAUCAGCACCACCUCAUAGAGAUGCAUUGAAUAAAUUCAACUCUAUGAGCAAAAUUCAGCGUCCCCAGGCAGAGCGUGGAGACACUGAACGGCACUGCUGCCUAAUGUGCAGCACUGAGACAGGAAGCACCUCCAGUGUCCAUCUGAGGAGUGGCCACGUAGAGGUGUCCUUAGGGGCAAUGUAAACACUGCCUUUUGUCUUUAAAAAAAAAAAAAAAAAAAAAAAAUGCUUCCGCACAGAUGAGUUGAGUUGCUGUACACUAUGACAUAUCAUUAAAAACUGUUUGCAGUUGAAGGGAGGACACUGCAGGGAGACUCCAGACACUAACUAUUUCAACGAGAUAAAGCAGUUACCGUGCCGUCAUUGUCUCUUUUUAAGUAAUUUUGGUCAUAGAUGCUGCCUCUGAGAAGCAAUACUGUUUACAAUCUUAGGAAAUACUAGUGUCUGUCAGUCAGCCAGUAGGGGCUUUUGCAAGUUUUAAUUAUUAAAUCUAUUUGAUGUCCAGUGUCAGCUAGCAGAGUAUGCUGACAACAAACCGUGUUCGCAGUGUACCUGCUUGAACAAAAGUCAGCCUGAUUGAUAACUUCAAUGGAGGAGAAUUACAGUACAUUAAAUAAACUGUCCUGGUACUACAAUUAAGGUGCAUUCAUUUUUUAUUUUUUUUAUCAUCAAUUGGGAAAACAAAAAACACAAGGGGCCAUAUUCUGGCCUUGUUAAAGAACCACAUCUAAUUAAUUUUAUUUUUAUAAUUGAAGUGCAGCAACCAUCAUGUGCCAUUUAACUUUUUGAAGACUAAGUGUAUUGGUAAUUACAGGGAUAGUAAUUUGAACAUUUCUGUGCGCUUUAUCUUGAUUUAUCACAGAAUCACUUAUGUGAGUUUAACUAUGUCUUUUUUUUUUUUCAACAGACCCGCUUUAAAAGAUCUUAUCGAUCAAGAUAUUGUCCCAAUAAGGGGUAGGUUUUUGUGUUUCUUUUUAUGUAUUUUUCUUGAUGCUUUUGCUACCAUUACAUUUGAGAUUUCAGGGGAAGCUUUAGCUUUCAAUAACUCUAUCCUGCAGCUAAUCUUCCUUCCCAAGCAUACAAUUUAUUUUGUGCAAUUAUACCCUGUAAACUCACUUAAUUGGAUUUAUGUGAUUCCAAAGAAGGAAGCAUUAAAUGAACACUCAAAGCACCACAACCACUGCUGCAUUCUGUAGUGGUCAUGUUAUGGUGGAGCUGUCCUACACAGUAAGCAUUCAAAACCAUUUUGGUAUAAAUUAACAACUUACCCAGUGCCCUGCUUCUUGUUUUCUACGAGAUUCCAAUUAUAUCUACAGACCUGGGUGCCAGGACCCUCUAGUUUUAACCCUGCAGCUGAAAACAUAGCAGUUUCAGAGAAACUGCUAUGUUUCACUGAGGGUUAAUCCAGCCUCUAGUUGCUGUCUCACUGACAGCCGCUAGAGGCGCUUCCGCAAAAAGAUGCUGGACGUCCAUAGGAAAGCAUUGAGUAAUGCUUCAUAUGGGCUGUUUGAAUGUGUGCACGGCUCUUGGUAAAACAAAUAUAAUCUGUAGAUAUACUUGCAAAACAGAAAUCACUUUGACACCUGUAGCCCCGAUGUGCACAAAUGGGUAUACAAAUACAGAUAAACAUUAUAAACCGUGAAAUAAAUCAGGGAAAGCAAGGAUAGACAAAUACAUAGAAACCUAUUGAAGCACAAGGUCCAGCUGACCUCCAUUCCCCAGAGAUCCAGGCGGAGCCUUGCAUUUUUUUUUAUGUCUCCCUGUGGAGAUCCCGCAAUUUAUUCCUAAUUUGAAAGAUCUCACACCAGCCUACCUGCGAUCAGGGCUACAGGUGUCAAAAUGAUUUCUGUUUUGCAAGUAUAUCUACAGAUUAUAUUUGUUUUACCACAAUCACUGUUUGGUAAUAGAUAGUUAUGAUAUGCACCUCAAUUUAUGUACACAGAGGUAUAUCCACUCUCUAUUAGAGGUUCACAGUGAAUGCUAUUCUUUUUUUGCGCACCAUCACUACUGUAAAUUAUAAUAGGAAAAUACCCAACUUUGAAAAGAGGUUUUCAGUUUAACUACCCAAUACUUUUUAAAAUAAACCACUCAACUGCCUAUUCUAAAAUAAUUGUGUUUUUUAAUUUACUGGUAACCUCUAUCAAAUUACUUGUUUAUUCUUUACCAACUAGGUCAGGUGGACUGCCUGAUUUGCAACCUGGGCAAAAUGUUUUGUCUGCGAUAAAAAAAUAUUUUGACAACCAAGGUAAGCCAUAAUAAUGAGUUGUAUUCACUGACAUGUUGAUUUCUUAAAAAAAAAAAAAAAAGUAAUGUGUAUAUUUUGGGUGCUUAAACAUAAAUGCAUUUUCAAUUCUGGUCACUAUAACACUGUGUCGGUUCUCCACUAGACCCACAUCAAAAUCUGUGCAAGAUGGAGGACAGUUUUCAUCAGACCACAUUAGAUACACCUAACUCUGUGUUUUGCCACAUAGAAAGCGGCAAAAACUGUGUGUGAAAUAAAUAUAUAUAUUUUUAAAUUUAUUUGCACUCAGUCUUGUUAUAUUCCUUUAUUACUUCAUAAUGAAGUUAAAACAUCCAAAUUUCAAUCCCCAUCAACGUUUGUUAGGAUCAUCUUCUCCUUUGCAGGUCUGAAAAUUAGGUAAAUACAACCUCAGGUGAACAACACAUGACAUAUUUAUUUAACAAAAAUAGUGCCCAAAUGGAGAAGCCAUGUGUGAAAAAUUAUGCACACUUACUGUUUCCAUAGGAAAAGAGAGGCUACGUAACAGACAGGCCCUUGAUUAAUUGAUCAUUAGCAAGUGUGACCACCUCUAUAAAAGCAGAGGUUUUAGCAAUUUGCUGAUCUGGAGCAAUCAGGUGUGUGUUAACACAAUGUCAAGGAGGAAAGACCUCAGCAAUGAUCUUAGAGAAGCAAUUGUUGCUGCCCAUCAGAGUGAGCACUGGAAACAGGCAUUUAAAAGGUUUAACUCCUUGCUCACACCAUGGAGUUCCAGGUAUCUCUGGCUCCCAUCUAUCAGCUGGGGACAUUUUAGUGGACAGAUUAGUAGGGAAACCAAUUAAUGUACAGCUUGUUCAAUAAAGUAAUGGGUACCAAGGGUAUAAAAAACACCUCUACCAAGUGGAAUAAUGACAUAAUUAAAGAAAUACCCGCACUCCAGCUUUAAUAAAAUACAAAUGUUAUUAGAUACAGGCAAAAUACAAUAUAGUCUAUGUAUGCCUAUAGUAUUGUCAUAUAGUAUUAGUACCAAACUGUAUCCGCAAGGAAUGCAAAAGCAGAGUAACAUACUAAAUAAACAAAGAAAUGCAUAUACAAAGCAUAGAAAAAUACAAAGCAAUAAAAAAAAUAAGACUAUUGUACAAUUUUACCUUGCAAAUGGACAGGAGUAAACACCCAACGUUUUGGCUACAAAGCCUUUGUCAAGGGUCCCAAAGUCAUUUUAUGAAAAGAAAUCUGAUUUAAAUAAAAAAAUCUGUUAAUUUAAUAUUUUUUUUUCAAUGAUUUUUAUCUACCCUGUUUUUGUCUAGAUCGCAUUUUUAUGUUCCUUUUUUUAUGCACACCACGCCUAUACUCAAGGGCAUCAAAUAUAAAGAAGGAAGAUGCAGAAAAAAGUAGUGUGUAAAGUGAUAGUUUGUCCUAGGUACCAGAAUAUGAAUGACUGGCCUUGUCUGUAGCUUUCACACUCACUAGUGAGUAGAGCUGGAAGACCAUGGUCCGGAAAAGGUUAUAAUUGAUAAAACCAGUUUGUUCACCAUACCAACUUCAUUGAAAUGAUGUUAUGGGAUCAGGAGGUUAGUGGCACAUCCUUACCUCAAGGGGUUAAACUAUCCACGGAUUGUUUAACUCCAGAGAGUGCAAUCCAGCUCCGUUCUUGACUGUUCCUGACAUCCGAUGUCUCAAAUUCGGAUAGAGGAAGCAGAGGCGUCAAUAAUUAACUUUGAGCGGUCAGCUCUUGAUCUAAGCCAAUCAGUAGCUCCACAUUCCUAAAUUCUUCUAAAUUUGAGACACUGAAUGUUGUUUAACAGCCAGAAACAGGCACAGCUUGUAGUCGUUGGGGUUAAACCAGUUGUGAACCGUUUAACCCCUUGAAGUAAGAAAGAGACAGGGAUCUUCUGGCACCAUAACAUCUUCAUCUCAAUAAAUGUUAUGAUGCCCAGAGUGUUCCUUUAAUCAUUAAAGGAACACUCUGGGCAUCAUAACAUUUAGUGAUAGGUAUAUUCUACGCUAAAAAGAGUACAAGUCCUAAACAAUAAGUAGGGGGAACUCCUGAGAUUCCUUACUUUUUUCUAUCCAUUAAAGCUUAAUGGAUAGAAAAAGGUAAGGAAUCUCAGGAGUUGCCCCACUUAUUGUUUAGGACUUGUACUCUUUUUAGCGUAGAACAUAAGUAUCUUAACACUGUUUAAGGACUCUGGUAUGUGUCUGUAGUUCACAGUAGUUAAACACUCUAGCUAUAUUAGAAAGAGAAAAUAGAUUGAGGUAUCUUCUGAUGGUACUUAAAUGCCUAUGUUUUAAUUAGAUAUUUUCUCCUCUCUCAGGUAGUGAUAGUGAUUCCCAGUUAUCUGAUUUAUGUAACACUUUAUCACCUGCAAGUGAAAUAUCCAGUGUACAUUCUACAGCACUUAAACAACUUAGCAGACCGGUAAGUUAACAUUAAUUUGUCUAACAAAUUUUUGCAGCAAUGCAACACUAUAUAUAAAAUAUAUACUAUAAUAAAACUUGGGAGUCUAGAAUAAUGAACAGUUACACAUAUUUAUAUCCCUUUUUUUUAGUCUUGUGAAAUACAGUUUCAUUUAUUACCUUUUCCUGAAUAUUUGAUUACAUUUAUACAUAUAUAUAUAUAUAUAUAAUUUGUGACUUGUUUACAAUCUUUUUACGACUGCUUCAUUUUCACUGACAAAGACUGCAGCAACUCAUUUGACUCCCUUUGAAUUUAUAAUUAAUCUGAACUAAUUGCUUCUAUGUUAUACUGUUGGACGAUGAUUAAAAUGGGUAUCUCACAAUGAUGUACAGAUUGCCCAGUGUUAACAGCUGAUGAUGUAUUGGGGGCAUACAGUUUUCAAGUAAAAUUAUCAAUGUCUACCUAAUGAGAAAUUAAUUUAACAAUGUUUCACGAUGCCUACUAUACAUGCUUGUCAGAUUCUGUGUAAUGGGCAGAAAGUCAGAUACUAGCUCCUUCGACCUACCUACUUCGAGAUUGUUGUUGGUGUUCCUUGAUGGCAGUGGCCUCGUUCAGCAUGAUAAUGCACCAUGCCACACUGCAAAAAUGGUUAAGGAAUGUUUUGAGGAACAUGACAAAGGCGUUUAAGGUUUUUUUGCCUUGGAUUCCAAAUUCCCCAGAUCUCAGCCCAGUUGAGCAUCUGUGGCAUGUGCUGGAACAACAAAUCUGAUCCAUUGAGGCCCCACCUCACAACUUGCAGCAUUUAAAGGAUCUGCUGCCAAUGUCUUGGUGCCAGAUAACACAACAUACGUUCAAAAGUCUUGUGGAGUCCAUGCCUUGACACAUCAGAUCUAUUUUUGCAGCACGAGGGGGGCCUACAUGAUAUUAGCCACAUUUUUUUCAUUUUGACAAUUUGUGUUUUUGUCAUUUUUGAGACAUAUGGAACUUUGGGGGUACAGAAAGGAAAAAAGGGGGGGAAGGAGGAAAAAAAAAAGUAAGUCAUACAUUCCACAAUAUACAGUUUGAUUGUCUAACAUGCGUGUGAUUCGCCACUCGGCGUCUGCUCUUCAAGGGGACAUUAUAGAGAAUAGGUAGGCCUGUGCAGGUGAUAUUUACCCUUCAUCAUAAGGGUUACCAAUGUGUCUCAUUUACCUCGUGCCUAUGGUGUAUCUGCCUGCUUUGACUCUCUAGCCCAUUGUUCCCUUGUGGCCUGCUUCCUUUGUGUGCUUGUGUAUUCAUUUUGUGAUGUCUGACCCCCCUAUCUCAACCCCUGGUUCACCUCCUUGAAGUUGUUGCUCUCUUUCUCAUCUCACUGUGUGCUCUUUUCUGUUUAUGCCCUCCAUCUCUCUCCCGCUUGACCUGUGUGUUUCAUUGGUCUUAUGUGUUUAUUUGCCAUCAUCUCGUACUUCCAGUUUAUGGAGAUUUGUUUGGUUAGAGCUUCUCUUGUUGGUACCUGAGUCGAUUUUCCACGCUCUGGCUAGGAGUGUUACUGCUGAAAUCAGCAGGUGGAAUAUCAGGCAUUGGUCAGUGUAUUUGGUAUCAUGAAUAAUAUGCUUUGUUCUAUGGUCAAUGGCCAUGGUCUAUCUAGUAGGUCUGUUGCUAAAUCCCUCACCAUUGUCCAGUAGGUCUUUAGCUGUGCACAGUACCACCACAUGUGUUCCAUGGACCCCCCGACCUCCCCGCAUUUCCAGCACACAUUAGGAUGGUUAGGAUAUAUCCUGACCAGUUUCUCUGGCAUCAUGUACCACCUAUAUUGCAGCUUCCUGAUCGUUUCGAGAUGUCGUGCAUCGUGUAUUACCUUUGUGUAUUGUGAAUGCCCUGCGCCACUGGUCUUUGUCUAUGACAUACCCCAGUUCUUUGUGCCAUGCUGACUGGAAUGCCAUGUCAGCUUCUGUCUUCUCGUCUAUGAGUGCGUUGUAUAUGGUUGAGUGUUUUUUGGGGAAGCUUGUUUGAUAGGCAUAAUUGUUAUAUUGUUUGCUCUUGUAGUGCUGACCUACUUUGUAGUUUUACUCCUGUAAGCAGUGAUUUUAGUUGCAUGUGUUGGAACAUAGCUCUGGUGGGGAUAUCAUACCGAGUUUGUAAUUCCGGGAAAGGCAUCAGCUUAUCUGCCUGAUAUAGAUGUUUGAUCUUGGUGAUUAGCCACAUUUUUAAUGUUGUAGCUGAUCAGUGUAAGGAGGGGAUAUGACUCACAUGUAAAACAUUAAACAUAGGAAUUGAACGGUACUGUAUGGAGAUUUUAAAUAUAGUAUCAAGGACCUAUUCUUCCAGAAAGUUACCCCUAUUGUUAGAAUGACAAAUAUCCCAGAUGACUGGCUUUAAGCUUAAAAUAUGUUAAGGAAAGAACCUCUUAGAAGAUAGUGUACCAAUGUGGGUGAAAAUAGCAGCAAUGUGUAUGUGAAACCAUUUGCCAUUUGAUGCUACUCUUUCCUAUGGAAUAGUCUAUUUUCACACAUACUAAUUAACUGCUAUAUAGAGUAAUCUAUAGUGCACACAGUACAGGUUUAAUAUUCAAAUGGACCCUAACUGAAUAACUUGAUUCACUGUAAAAAAUCAAAUACAGGAGCAAGAAGAUUGCAGACAGAGAGGGUAAAGUGUUACAAUAAUAUGAGAUAGACAGACAGGUUCAUGAUCACACAUCUCGAGUCAAUCCAUCUGUCUACUGUCCUAGUUAGAAACGGACAUCAAAUAAAGUCCUAUCACUAGAAUACUCCCUCCCGCAUCCAAGGGGUCCUAGGCACUUAAAAACCCAACUGCAGCCCAAUGCACAACACUGCUUAAAAGCUCCUGAAUCUAUUCCUCAUAUAACAUUUGUUCCCAAAAACUAGGGAAACCUACAAAACACAUCAAUGCACUGUCGCUACAUACAGAGUGCUCCCCUAAAGUGCGUAACUUAGGUGCAUAGAAACAAGUGAAAACGGUCAAGUCUGAUGCGUGUUUCUCGCAGAGGCAUUUUUUUUUUAUUAUUAUUAGUAAGGUGCUAAUUUAUAUAUUUUCAUAUGUAAGAUGUCUGUUUAUAAAUUUACAUAUUUAACCUUCUUCAAACCUUUAGUCAAAGUAUGAUUUAAAUAUGUUUUGCAUUAUUACAUUUCAUUCUAAUCAUUGUAUUUUCCUUUAGAGAGUUGUUCAGUCUCUCCAAACUGCUACAGACUUUCAAACAUCACAAUCUUCAGGUUGGUAUUUUGAUGUAAUGAGUUGAUGAAUUUAUCGGCUUAAUUGAAGCACCAUGAGCAUGGCAUCCAUAUGUAUUUCCCUAUGAAAUAUUAUUGAGACAUCUCUAUCAAUGAUCAGAGGAACAUUUCCAGGUGGCUAAAAUAGUGUUUAAUGAAAACAGUAAUUUUUUUAAAAAAAAUUUGGGGUUUGAGAACCACUGUAAUGCGCAUUGUUUAUUUAUUUUAUUUAAGAGACCUCUUUAAGCACCAUAACUACUAUUUUGCAUGUAGUGGUUAUGGUGCGAUUACUUCUGAACUGGUUCCCACCCCUUGCCUCCUCUACAAUAACAAGCUAAAACAAAUAGAAAUCAAUCAAAUGCUAUAACAAAAUACAGUUGAGGUAAUAGCGUACACAGAAAAAUGCAAUAUUAAAUCUUACAAGGAUACUUAAAAUCUGCUUUUUUGGCAAAUGAAUAUGGCGCUUUGGUCACACCAUAUUGCUUUGUCAUGCUAAAGCCCACUGUUGGAACAAAAUAAUUCUGUAUUGAGGCACUUUGCCACUGUGGUGGAUUUAAAUACAGUACAGCACAGCCCAAAUCAUAGUGAGAGAUUGCCCGUUGAGUAGUGGGGCAUUUGUGAGUGGUAGCAAAAGACCCCAAGGCCUGAAUGCAUUUAUUUGCUCCAAUAUGCCCAUAAGUUGCUGGUGCUUUCAUGUUUUGAUGGCACAUGUUCACACUUGCCCUGAGCCAUAUGGAAUAGUUAAGUCUCUCAAUAGUUGUUUUAUGGGCUGCAGGGUCAGCUUCCAUACAAGUGGAAAGUAGAAUGUGAGAUAUCCAUAAAAAUAGAAACGUUGUGUCCUAUAUCUGGGAGCCUGCUUAUCGCUCUCCAUUUAAAAACAAAGUCUCUUAGCAUCGCUAUAUGGACUAUAAGUUAUGUGACAACUCUAAAGUAACAGUCCAUAGCCACAUUCUUGACUUUAGAAGACCACAGAAGAUUGUAAAACGAGGUACCUCUUGGGCUGCAAAAUCAUCCAGGAAAAACCCUAAUUUAGAUGUUCCGACAUUUACUUUUGUCAUUCAUGUCGGCCAACUUCCACAACCAUAUCUGCUUGUUUAAGUGCUCCAUUUCGCCUUGUAGGCUUUGGGUUCUUCUCAGACAAUUAAAGAUGGUAAAUAAUUACCAUACACUGUUUAAAAGAAGCCUAUUUAUGUGCUAAAUGACGUAUAACUUAUGCCUUUCUCAUACAUGUUUCUCAAUGGGAAGCUAGUCACCUGAUGAUCUCAGCUUAUCACAAUGUCCCCAUUAAAGCUGAGGUUUGGGGCACAUGAAGAGGGACAGAGCAGAUGGGCGCCAUCUAUACAACUUUGAGGUUAAGCCGUUUGUAAAUGGUUUAGCCCCUUAAGCUAACACAGAGCCCAUAUAUCGUCGUCAUUAAGAUGAAGUUAUGGUGUCCGGAUUGUUUGUUUAAAAAUAUUCAGUGGUCUGCCAUGCUUCAUUAUGAUUUCAACAAAACUGUUACAAUUCAGAUAGCAGUUGGUCUAACUGUUGGGAGUACAGGCAAAUGUCCUCACACAGAUUUUAUUUCUUCCUUUGCAACACUGACAUUGACUUGAAUUGUAGUUUUACAACUGAAUGAAAGCCCAUCCAACAUAUUUAAGUAUAGUCUUACUAAAAAUGUUUUGUUGACUGUUGUUUCUUUAGCUAAUUUGUUAAUCAGAUAUGCAAAUGGAAUGAAAUGGUUAAAUGGAUACUAGCUUCUAGUUUGUGUUCUUUAAUCUGUUUUAGCCCGUAGCAAGAAUACACCAAACCAGAAAAUAAAAAGCCCUGCAGCAUCAGGACGCUCUAUCAGGAAGAGUCUUCCACAACCUAAAUAUGAUGAAAGUACCAGUGAUUCUGAAAAUGAUGAGGAAGAAUGCAGCAGUGUUAAAAGUGGAGCAAUUUUACUUCCUCCCCUCAAUAUCACGGUAGAAACACCGGCGCUGGUAGAACAUCCUGUUGGAUUCCGAGAUCAAUAUUACAGAAUCGAUCGAUCUGCUGUACAAACUCCUGCAAGUCCAACUAUUAGGCUUCCUGCAAAAAAGAGGUAAUGAAAGUAAAACACUGCAACAGAGUAGCUUGUGGAAAUGAAAUUUACAUACUGUUAAAAUGAAUAUAUAACAUUUGAACAAUUUGUUUUUUCUAAAAUGUUUUGGCUGGAAUUACAAAUCUAUGUAGAAAUCAUUCAAGUUCUUGUUUAGCUGUUAGAUAUAUAAUUUCAUGUAACAAGUGAACAAGUAAACUUUUAAGUCCAAGUUGCUCAGUUACAUGCCACUUAGUUCAAGGCACUGCAUCAUCAGGGCAAUUAUGAAAAAGGGCUUAUAAUUCAGCUUUACCUGCUUCUGUUACCCCUUGGGUGAGUGGGACUCUGCCAACCUAUGUGUCUGUCUGGGAGAGGGGAGUCUAGGAGUCUUUUAGAAUGGGAUUCAAUGGUGUGUAAUCUGUGAGGCUAUGGCCAAGGUUUCUUCAUUGUAUGGUGCACCAGGAACAGGCAUAGUAAAAGCUUAUGAGAUGGUAUGUGACUCCAGGUAGUUUGGACCAUAUGGGAUCAGUGGUUUCAGGUGAUAAUUGGAGUGGUUGCGCAAAUAGUCACUUUUUUCCAUAUGUGGUGGGGCCGUCCGAAUGCAAUUAGAUUCUGGGUCUUGAUAUGCUCCAUCUUGUCAGAUAUACUAUCCAAGCUCGUAGAUCUUGGACUUUACUCCUCUCUGAACUUGUACACUUAUUCACAUCUUAUGCAAACUGACUGAGAAGCAAAUUAACAAAAUACCUUUGUUCAGACCUGGAGGCAAAUUGGCCUUAAGGUUGCAAGCAUUCCCUCUCCCCUCCUGAUUUUUUUUGUUUAUCUCAUUUACUUUGUAUCCUGCUAUCCUCUUUUGUGCUAUGGCUAUAUUAAACUCUGUUUGAUGGUGCAUGUACCAGAUUGUUUGUAUGACUUGCCAUUAGCUUAAAGUCUUAAAUGAACAUUACAGACACCAUGACCACUUCAUCUCAAUGGGGUGAUUGCAGAGAUUGCAGCGUGGUUUUGGCUAAAAGUGUAAUAUAAUAACUUUUUAAUCCUUGAGGGGGACACCUAAACUGUGACUAAGACACUAUAGCGUUAGGAAUACACAUUUCUCAUUAAAAAAACAACAAAAAAUUCCUUCAUCUCUACCAUAACCAUAAUCUACCUUUUUAAAAUAGGUUAAGUUUCAAAAAUGCUGCGACAGUGAAAUACGUGGACACCACUCUACCAGAAACUAGAGAUAAAAACUCUUUAAAUCCUCCAAAUAAUGGCACGAACAAUUCAGCAGUGUCUACAAGGACGCCUGGACUUGGGUAUGAUUAUAUCAUUGUUUGUGUAUUUCCCUUUUUGUAUGGUUUAAUCUACAUUGUCAUCAUAAUAUUUGUGUUUCUGUAAUAGUCCAUUAAUGUAGGUUAGAGUGAUAAACUGUGAUGCUUCAUUGUUUUUAACGUACAGAUCCAGUAAAAAAAAAAUUACAGUUCACUUAACCCAUUAAGGACCAAACUUCUGGAAUAAAAGGGAAUCAUGACAUGUCACACAUGUCAUGUGUCCAUAAGGGGUUAAAGGAGCACUAUAGCAUUAGGAAUAAAUGUUUCUAUUCUUAUUCUUAACACUAUAGUGCUAAACUACCUAUUUAGAAUGUGGUAAAAAGCAUUUUAAAUUUCUCACACCUUUGUCUUGCCAUUACAGUCCUGCUUGCCUGGCUGAGAUCAUAAAGAUCGAUACCCAUAGGGAAGCAUUUGGAAGCUAAAUGGAACGGUGUGUGCCAAAACAAAUUCUCUCACUUAGCGUAAUUUGUUCAAUAAAAGUGGAAGUGCCUUUAGAGGCUGUCAUUGUAAAAUGGCAAUAUUUUCAAUUGCACGGUUAAGAAUACAGACACUCAGAUGAUUUCAAUGAGAUUAAUGGGUCUAGUUCCAUUUAGUAUCCUUAGCAACAGCCUGCUCAUUGUAAGAGAUCCACUUUUCUAAAGGAGCUUGUGUUUAUAAAAAAAUUACAAGAAAAGAAAAAAUCUGCAAUGCAAAGCUAGAAUUGUUAAUCGCAGUAUGUGUGUCUAAUGUACCAUUAUUUGACAAGGUAUCUUGUGUCUGUUAUUGUAUAUUUCAAUCUGUCAAUAGCAUACAUGUAAAGAGUACAGGGUCUAUAUUUCUCCGUUCCCUCAUAUAGUAUCUUUUUUCAUUUUAAGAUUGUCAACAAUUGUCCCCGGUUACUCAGCUGCUAACGUACAAGUUGAAGAAGAUGAGUUUCUGAUCAAUGUGGAAGACAGCUGUGUUUUGGAUACUUGGGUUGGAUUAACUGAUACAAACCAGAGGAAAGAACAAGAGUCAAAAAGAAAGACACCCAGUGCAAAAUUAAUAUCACAGACAUCUACUGGCAAGUCUACAGUGAACAGAAAAUAUCAAGUACCAUUAAAGGCAUUAUUCAAUGAUGGCUUACAGCAGGAAAAUUCACCACUGAAGUCGGUCAAUAAAGAAAAUGUUACAACUGAAGAUACACCACUGGCUGCCACUAGAGCAUAUCAACGUGGAAAAGCGGAAGCCACAUUAACUCCACAAAAAGUGCAGUCAAUUCCAAAAGGCAAGAAUUUCAGAUGUAGUUUCUGUUAUGUAUGUAGACACUUAAUAUCCAACUAAAAAGCUCUAUUUUGGUUGAAUAUAUAUAAUUUUUUAUUUUAUUCUGUAAUAAUUUGCAAAAAUAACCGUGCUUUGGAAAAAAAAAAAAAACCUAGCAAUUUUUUUUUUUAUUAGAGUAACCCUUACUGGCAUGGUUGCUUAAGUUGCAUGCUGAAUAUAGACGCCAGAUAUGCAGAUUUAAAGGGACACUCUAUUUAGUAGCUAUACCCCAAUUAAUACAUUUAUGCAUUUGUUUUAUGGGGGUGUAUCUUAAAAUAACUGUCUUUUGCAAGCCCUCCAACCUUAGCAAGAAUAAAACAAGGGGAGAUACAGCGCUAACUCCAAAGGUAGCAGAAUAGGGUAUGUUACUUGGAUACCCUAAUAAUCCAAGAGGAACAAGGAAAAAUACAGAAAAAGACUGUGCCAAUAAGAAAUAUUAGAUAAUCAUUUCAACAAUUUCAAGAGCACCUUUUGCUCAAUGAUAUCCGCUAAGGUGGCAUGAUCCUUACCAAGGAUAUAUGUAUGUAGAUAUAGAGGUUCCUUUAGAUACAUAUAAUAAAAUGCAGGAUAUAAAAAUACAUGAACAAGAAACCUAACAUUUUGAGGGUAAAAAACAAUGUUUAUUGUAAUAUACCACACAAAAUAAAAACUGAUUUAAAAAAAAAUAAAAAUAAAAGUCCUAUAUAAUCACGUGUUUCACCCAUAGGCUUAAGUGCCGCACUGUGCCUUUAACUCUUUACGUGCAGCAUUCAAAAUUGAAAUUCUGCACAUAUAGACUCCAAACACUAAGACCACUUCACAUAAGUGACUGCUUACUUUGGUGUUUUAAAAAGUAUUAAAGCCCCUCAUUACGCAGCUAUGUGCUGGUUCCCCAGCUGUCUGAUCUCCUCCCAAUAAACUCUGCUCAGUGAUUGUCAAUCUGUCUCAAUAUUCUUUUUUUGUGUGCAAGGUAUCAUGCUUAAAGAAUAAAGGUCCUUCUCAAUAUAUUUUCAACAAAGUUUAAAACAGAAUUGUCUGUAAUGUUACAUACAAUAGCAUUAAGAUGUCUGCGACUCUCCUGAUAUCCUUCUGGAAUAUAAAUAAUCUGUGCCAUAAUACUGGCCACUUGCAGCCAUGUGUUUACAGUCAGCCAUGUGUCUUUUCCUUUUUUGUAGUCACACAUCAUUACAUGUCUUUGUUAUAUUGUCUUUGUUUAUGUAUUUAAUAGCUUUUGUAUCAGAGGACUACCUGAAUAUGGAACAAGUGUCUUUUUGAACUGUGAUAAAUGUUUGCAUAUAAGCAAUGAGUAAAUAUACAUAUGUAAAAAGAAAAAGGAAAUGCGUUAACUAUAUAAGUAAUUUUUUUUUUUCUUUCAUUAUAAAUGUUUUGUAGACUUAGGCAGUCUUAAUCGGAAUACCAUUGGGAAUACUCCACAAAAAUCUGGACAAGUAACUUUGCUUGAGGGCUUCAGAAAAGAAUAUGCUGGUUCAGCCAACAAAGAGGUUGGAAAAUACUUGAACUCCCAAAGCCCACCGGUGACUUCUGAAAAGAUUUCUAAAUCUUUAGGAAGAGCAUCUGGUUCAACAACUAAAAGUAAUAUAACAAGGUAAGCUAUUACUAGACUUUUCUACAAACUUUUCAAAAUUCAUGUUUUAAAAUCAGAUCUAUUGCUUAAAAUGGUCUUGUUUAAGAUAACCAUAUUCAUUGAUUGAUAAAAAUAAUUAAGGUUUUUCGUUUAGAAAGCCAUUCUUAUUUUACAGCAGUUUUUGACACCUGCCUAAAAUGUUUGCAUAGUAGUGUGUGCAAAUAAAAUAUGUAUAUUUUGUUACGGUUGCCCAAGGCUAGCUGAGGGUUGGACCAUAGAAAGGAUGCUCCUAGAGCUCACCAAGGGCCAUCAGCACCGCAUUAGACACCAUAACCACCGCAGACCUCACGAACCGCCACAGCUUGGUUGGGGUCUCGCCAUCUCCUACCCACCCUGGACCUACGACAAGGCUCCAGGUUUUAGUGGGUGUCCCUUUUUCCCCAGAGAGUGAAGCAGGAACAGGAACAAGAUCUUACAAGAGCUCAGUGAAGCUAAGGGAGUAUGCAGAGCAUAGCAAUCCCUGUAGUGAUUAUAGCUGUCCCCUCCAAACACGUGUCAAGGCUGCGAGUUGGGGUUCAAGUAGAACUGCUUUAAUGAGCACAAAGGCAUUUCUUAUAUACAGUUUUCCCCACAAGGGUUACCACCCACGUGGACCUUGUGGAGCACAGGACACAAAGUCACAACAGCCAAUCAACACAGUAUUGUACAAUUAGACACUCCCAGCUAAUGUACACAAACCCUCCACCUCUGCCUGUGAUACAAUUACCAAACACAAUGGACUAACUCAAUUACCACACCCAAAGGCUUAAGAAAAAUAUCCAGUUUUACCCAAAGUCCAGAAACACCCCAAAACAACAACAUAUCCCCACGAUACAUCCCUGGAUAGCCUUGAUCUGGGUGAACAACAUAUCAAAAAAUCACCCAGAUCAGAGCAGGGGUCCCAAAUUCCAUGGAAGUCAAAUUUGACCGACCGCAAGCAUGGCUUUCAUGCCCAAAAUAGUUCCACAGAUUUAGGCUGUGCAGACGGUCUAUCUUCUCCUUCAAAUAAGGUACAAAUUGCACAAACGGAUGCUUUUGUGUAUACUCUCAUUGAAGCAGUCUCGUUCGGUAGUUUGCUCUCCAGAAAUAGUGCUCCGUUCAUAUGGAUUUAGCUGAAUGCAUGGAAGGUAGAAGUCUCAGCGGUGUUCGUGGAAAUAGUAGCCGAAAGCAGUUCCAAGCGGUCAACGCCAAAACACAGCUGAGCGCGUUUGGCUAAACGAAAUGGCUGCCGUCACGUAUUCGUUCAUACAAAUGCCGGCCACCCAGCCGUUCGUCAAUUAAGCUGUGGUUAACCACAGAUUCUGGGGUGGUUAAUGAGGAGCACACUCCACAUGCAGGGGGUCGGCUGUUCGACAGUUUGUUCAGUAAAAUCCGUUUACUGAACCACAUAGAGUAAAAAGCACGAACAAGCCUUUUUACAGUCUUGUACCCCAGUUUUAUCCAUGGGCCAUAGUCACAGGGUAGGAGGCUGGCAAUCAGGCCCCUCCAAAAGCCGGUGGCGAAGGGCAGUUCGUCACAUAUCUUCCCUUUCGGGGGGAUACUAACCAGUUACCUGACCUUCUGUUGGUCAGUGCCCGAGUUAGUAGAGCAACCCACCCACAAUAAAUAAAUAAGAGAAGCCCACCCACAAUAAACGGUUACUGCACCUGGUGAUUCCUGGGGUACGGUUCUGGCAUGUAGGUCCCAGGUUGUUGAGUGGGCCUUGAGCACCUUCGAUCUCUCUGGUGCGCCUAAGCAUAACGCGGUGGGUACUUGGGGGGGCAGAGACCAGCUGCGCUCUGCCCCGAUGCCAGUGCUUCUGCUGGGGUAGCCUGUAGGAUGUCAGGCUCUGGACAAGGGGAAAAGGGAGGGCAGAGGCCAACUGCACUCUGCCCAGCUGCCAGCUCGUCUGCUCACCCAGCCACAGCUUGGUUGGGGUCUCGCCGUCUCCUGCCCACCCUGGACCUACGACCAGGUUCCAGUGGGUGUUCCUCUCUUUCCCCAGAGAGUGAAGCAGGAACAGGAACAAGCUCUUAGAGCUCAGUGAAGCUAAGGGAUUGCUAUGCUCUGCGUACUCCCUUAGCUUCACUGAGCUCUAAGAGCUUGUUCCUGUUCCUGCUUCACUCUCUGGGGAAAGAGAGGAACACCCACUGGAACCUGGAGCCUUGUGGUAGGUCCAGGGUGGGUAGCAGACGGCAAAACCCUAAAUUAGCUGUGGCGGUUUGUGGGGUCUGCGGUGGUUAUGGUGCCUGGUGCUGUGCUGAUGUUCCUUGAUGAGCGCUAGGAGCAUCCUUUCUACAGUCCAACCCGCAGCCAGCCUGGGGCAACCGUAACACUAUAAUAUUGUUGAUAGUAAAAAUAAAAUAUAACUUUUAUUCUAUAUCAUAUAAAAAUAUUGACGUUUCAGCCCCAAUACAUGGGCUUUCAUCAUGGUUAUUGCCAUCCUGAUGAAAGCCCAUGUAUUGGGGCUGAAACAUCAAUAUUUUUAUAUGAUAUAGAAUAAAAGUUAUAUUUUAUUUUUACUAUCAACAGGUCCUUGGAGUGCGGUCAUUUCCAAUCUUUUUUUUUUUUUUUUUGUAUCUUGUGCCUGACCAGCACUGGGCAAUUACUCUCUAAUCCAGGAGUGCAAGCAUCUCGGUUUAUAUAUAUAUUAAUGUGAUAACAGCUAGCAUACUGAAGUCACAUCUCGGAAUGUGUGCAGAAUGAUUACAUUUUAAAGGGAAUCUGCUUUCCCACCGCAAUCUCAUUAGAGGUGGAUGUUACACUUCUGUCCACCAGCAGUCUUCCUCUGUUUUGUGCUGAUUUGCCGUACUUGGGGUCACAUGCUCAUGCAGGGCAAACCUCUAUGACCGACGUCUGAAGAAAGUGACAGCACGUCACUCCGUUCCUAUAAUCCUUGGCUAGCACUAGCAGCUCCAGCCAUCAAGUUACCAUGGCAACCAAAGCGUAUGCAUUGUGGUUGCUAUGUGAGCAGAGGUACCUCCUAUUGGAGUUCUCUUCUGCUCUCUCUGUCUUUUACUUCCUCAGCGUACAGUGUCUGCCGAGGAAUUGAUGGGAGAAAAACCCAUUGUUCAAUAUAUUUUUUUUCUCCAGCUGUAUACAUAGAAUUUUAAGUUCUUUUAAAAGCGCUAAAGUUGAUUAUGUGAUGUACCCCUCUCUCUCUCUCUCUCUCUCUCUCUCUCUCUCUCUCUCUCUCUCUCUCUCUCUCUCUGUUUUGAAAGAAUGACUUCCUGCUUAAUUAUAUAUUUUUUAUUUUUACAGGAAAGCAUCAACUAAUACUCACUCACCUUAUAAAACACAACGACCUGAUAAAACUCUGGAGAAUGUUCAAGUGUCACCAUAUGUGAAGACCAUACAGACAUCUGAAAAACCAAAUCAUUUAGCAAAUUCGAAUCUAGUGAAAAGGCCAGUUUCAUCUAUGUUUUUACAAGCAGCUUCUGUGGCCCAUACAGAUAGCAGGUUUGUUACUCUUAAGCAAUGUGAGCAAAAUCAAAGAUAUUUAUAGAGGCAGAAAUAGAGACGCAGACAAUCCUAAGUGAAAAACCAAAAACAGCACACAAUAGUGUAACCCAUUAAAAACACUGAGUGCAAUAUUAAAGUAGCAUUGUCACCCAACCCAUCCCUUGCAACUAGUAUUUCAUAAAGAUAAAAUCUGAAAUUCCAAACCGGUCAAAAAGAUAUACUGUGUCAUAGUAUAUUUCUAAUGUCUGACACUUCUAGACACAGGGCAGUUCUAGAUACCACCGUCUAGAAGUGUCCGUCUCACAGCCGUCAACAGUGACAGCUGCAGAGAUAUUAUCAAUGUUCCUCCGUAGAUCUCAAUACUGUACUCUUGUGCGUGCAUGUGAGUACAGCAGUGCCAUUGGUUCCUGGUACAGAAGUGGCAGGACCAUGAGAGGAUUGGCCGGAAGAAGAUGGCGGAUCCCGCUCCAGUUGCAAUAUUUUUAUUAUGUUAAUUUCCCAGACUUUAUGCUCAUUAACCGCACGUGAAAUGUUGGAAUAGAAAAUAGACUUCCGUUCCUAUUCACUGAUCUUGCAUCUUUAGUGGGUUGGUGAAAUGAUGCAUACAAAUUAACUUGUUUGAACAACAAAUUAAAUGGUAUGCAUUAUUUCACUAAGCCACCAGCAAGACAGCAGUCUAUAUUGAGAUAUAUAUCUUGGCACCCUCCUUGAACAGGCAAAAUCAAUGAAUAAGCGUGUAUAUUGAAUAAGUAAGCAUUAUUUUCCUCUUUAUUUCUUGAACAAUGCUCUGUCCUACAAGACUCCCUUCAGGUCUGUUUGUGAGCCUUCCAUAGUUAUCCUUGAGAUUUUUAUUUUCCCGAUUUGAUUAUUAGUGUUUUUGUACUGUUAAUAUUUCCAACAAACGAUUCAGGGAGGAAAAAAAAACAACUGAGUACCGAAGAUAGUCAGGACUCCAGAAGGGGAGAAAGGGAAUCAAACCAUUAUCAUACAGACAUGCAUAAAAGACGCACUGCAUUACAAAAAUAUCAGUUAUUCACUAAAGUGAGAAUUCAAACUACAUUUCAAAUUCAAGAUAAACAUAUCUGAACUAUAAAAAUUCUGUCAGAUAUGCUUUAAGUUCGGCUACUUUAACCUUCAAUUUGAAAAUCAUUUUGAACCUGGAACAAUCCCACUGUUAGCCUGAUCCCCUUGGAGUAAUAGUAAAACGGGAUUACACCUGACAGUUUCAAUAGAGUGAAAUGUUCUUAUCAAUCACUUCUGCCUAUCAGUGCUUAGGCCAAUUCCCACGCAUUAUCUUAAGCAUUGGAAUGGGGCCAGUCUGCAGAUGCCUGGGAACCCUCAUACAGUCAUUAACAAUUUGAAAAUCCUUUAAUACUGAACAAUGGGACAAUACCAGGGGAUUCUAGGUGCCGUAAUCACUUUAACUUAUUAAAGUGGUCAAUUAUAGCUCAUUUACUUUCCCUUUCAUGUGUUAAAAGUACCUGUGGAGUUCUAACCUAAUUUAACACUUGAAACCAGUAUGCAAUUAGUUGCAUUACUGCAUGGUUAUUGUGCUGUGUAAACUUUACAAGUGUAAUAUUUUUUUUUCUGUUGAACAGUCACUAAUAUAGUUAGUUUAUCCUGAGUGUGUUUGUUUUAUUUUUAAUUAUAAAUGUUUGUUUAAGGUUGCCACUUGUUGUUCCUGACCCUCCGGCAGUACCCUUUACUCAUGAAGAUGUUGAAGAUGAAGAUGAAGAUUUCAUGAUCAAUGAAUUAAGUAACUCUACAAAGACUUACAUUUCAAUCCCUAAAUUUGGAAAACCAAGGCAAAGCUCAAAAUUAAAGUCUGUGCCUAAAAACACAGAGUUAUCCCCUGCUGAAGAACACAUUUCUCAAGACAAAAGAUGGAAUCGUAUAAGUCAAGGUGCUGGCAACAGUAGUCAAAGACCAAAUAUAGAGGAUAUAAAUGUAACCUAUUCUUUAGAGGUAGAUGGCAAAAGUUUAUCUAUGUCAGACAAACCUUCCACAAAGGAAGAUGAUCCAGGUGAUAUGAAUUCUGGUCUUGGAUCAGUUGGAAGGGAAGAUCAUAUGCAGUCGGAUGAUAGUGAUCAUGAAAAUAGCAUUUCUGAAAGCGUGCAUUCAGGACAGAGAAAAUCAGCAAACUUGAUUUCUAAGAAAAAGAAAAAAAAAGGCAAGCCAAUACAGAACCGUCAGCAGAAAAAGGCUUUGUUAAAUAAGAAAGUUUCUCCUACUCUGGAUAAAUAUUGUGACAAGAAAAUUCAAAAGAAUGGUAAUUAAUUUAUUUUACUUAACAUAAGACCAAGUAAAAAUAUUUCACCUAUCAGCAUCUCAAACCUUGUAUGUUUCCAUAAAAUUGUGAAGCACUGGCACAUAUAGUAUCUAAAGUGGUACUAAUCCAUAAUAAUCCUAAAUUAUAUGGGCAUAUACACUUCUGAUUUCAUAUACUUUUUAUUGACGUUUUUGAGUUUUUACUAAAUAAACAAUGCAAUUUAUUUUUAAUAAAAUCAGUAGAGAGUCAAAUGACAGUUAUGUGCUUGGUUAGGCCAUUAUUUCACUAAAACAAUGCUGUGGUGGGGAAACUAUUCUCUACUAGUAUCAGAUAAGGAACAUAUAUUCCUAGAGAAGAGGAAGAGAGAGUUGUGAGAAUAGAUUAGAAAAGAGGGAUCUGGAUCAUGGGUUUACAACUACAACAUCCAUGAUGCUUUGCAAUUCUAAACAUUGGAAAAACCUUAUGGAAAUUAGUAGUUCUAGUAAUCUAUUUUUUUUUUUUUUAAAUGCAGACAUGGAUUGAGGUAGUGUAGAGCUAGAGAACGAUGUUUGAGGGGGAGAUUUUGAGCGAUCUAUGUGUACCAAUUUUUUAUGGAAUUGAGUCAAUGUGUGUGUCAUAUUUUUUUAUGUUUUUGGCACUGGCAUGUACCAGCAUAUAAUGAGUACAUAUGAGGGUGUUUUUUUGUGUAAGCAUUUGUGUAAUCAGAGUGAUGCAAUACACAUUAGCGUCUAGUAACAUGUGACCUGCGCAGAGGUCUUAAGGGGCAGUUAUCGGGGUAACCGUUUUCCCACGCAUGGGAAAGAGUGUAUACAGUGCAGUUUAUAUAAAAAACAUUUGCAGUAAUACAUUGUUUCCAACAUUUCUCUUUUGCGUCUUUACCCUUCCCCUUGUGUAAUGUGACAUACCACUUGCUCAUGUAAUGAAGGGUGUUAACUUGCUGUCAUUAGAGUGCGGGUAUGAGCGUAUUAAGGGAGGUGCUGUAUAUUCCACACUUCCAGGGUCUUUCAGAGCCUUUGGUAUCUUCUGUUUGGUCCCUGGGGCAGUGUGUUUAGUGCUAUGGUGGUAGUAGGUGACCAACCCCUCUGCUUGCGUAGAACGUGGUGAUACUGUACCAGGGCCCUCCGCUCAGUGGCCCCACAUAGGCAGGAGAGUUUUGGUGUAUCCGGGUUUGCCCCUGGUCGUGAGGUGGAGUCCUGUUCGGGGUGUAAUCCCAGGUUCAGGUCCCCCCCUAGUACCAGGAUCCCCUCUGCAAAUCUCAUCAGGGUAUUGAGCGUGGUGCGAAUAAAUUGAUAUUGUUUCAAAUUUGGAGUAUAGAUAUUGGCAAAGGUAUAGGUCUGAUCCUGGAUAGUGCCCUUUGUGAAGACCUAUCUACCCUGGUUGCAGCAGAGGGUGGAGUGGUCAGUGUAGGGGAUCCACCUCGAGAACAAGACUCCUACUUCGUGGGUGUGCCGUAGCGGAUUAUUGCUGAAAUAUCCCAGUGGAUAAUUGUGGUCUCACAGUGCUGGUGCUAGGCCUUCUUGGAAAUGCGUUUCAUGGAGGAAGGCUAUUGAGGUUUUAUAUUGUUUGUCACGCAGACUGGUGCGUAUUUUCUGAUAUUGCGGCCAGGGACAUUGUAGGAGUGGAGGGUCAGGUCUUCUUGGGCGUAAUGGUCGCCCCCCCCCAAAGCCGGCAUUCCCAGGGCGGCCAGCAAGGGUAGAGCCGGCGUGAGGGUGAGAGGGGUGGUGGGGGGGUAGGUGAACUGGACAGGGAAAAAGACUGCGAACAUGACAGUUACACUAUUGUUUGUUUUCCCCCCCUGUUUUUCUCUUUUUUCCUAUUUAUGUUCUGAGCUGCAGUAUCCAUAUCUGGAAAGUUAUAUUGCCUUUAUUCCUUUCCUCAAUUUAUAAAGGAGUAAGUGCUCUAUUUUUACUAUUAACUUUUUAUCACAGAGUGCACAAUGGUUGGAAAGUUCACAAUAUGUGUAUAAAUAUAUUGUAUAAUCUGCACUACUGUAGCACUUUAUUUAGUGCAUCAUAUUGCACCUUCACCAUUUUGGUUUGCACUUUAUGUAUAUACAUGUGUGUGUAUAUAUACAUAUGUAUAUGUUUUUAAGUAUUUAAAGGCAUAGCGCACUUUUCUUCUACCUAUCAUUACAUUAUUUUCACUUGAGCUAUUUUCACUUGUAUUCGUGCUGCUUACCUUUUGAAUACUUUGAUUUUUAAAUGGUUUCUUUCUUUUGUAUAAUUAUGUUCACAGAGCCUUUUUUACUUGAUUUAUUUUUUUGUAAUGUUUUCUCUACUAGCCAAACUGUAUAUUUUUACACUUUGACAUGCUUAAAUCAGUUAUUGGGUCUGUGUUGGGCUAAUCCAUCAAGUGGUCCAGUAUAGGUUGCUUGACUGUUAUUUUUUUUUUUGGCCUCAAUUUUUUUAGUGAAUACAUCUAUGUAUUGGUACUGCAAAACCACAAGUUUUUUUAAUUUUACUUGGUUUAACCAAUCUUUGUCAUUUGCACCUCACAUUUUGGUUAUACAGAUACUUGCAGAGAACUCCUUAGCUAAGGAUGGUCCUAGCUUCUUGGACAAAAAUAAAACCGAACAAAAUUUUCUAACCUUACAAGUUACACCGACAAAUAGAAAUAUUUUGCUCAUUUUUGUUCUUUAGCCUGCUGUAGCAGUGAUGAUGGCUGGAGUAAUGACGCCUGGUUGCCUGGUAAUGGGGCAAACUUUUACCUGGGUCCCUACUGAGACCUAAUGCUCCCUGGUGGCCCAGUGACGUGCUUCCGCUGUGGUGGGUAACGUUCGUUGACUGAAAGGGUCAGCUGAUUGCUCUCAGUCAAUGACUGUUAUUCUGUGCUAUAAAAGUUGCACAGAAUAGUUGGAGUUACACAUCUGAUUCUCCUCUCUUCCUUUCCCACCUUUUAAUCAGUCUUUCAUCUUUUGGGACAGGUAAGUAUCUGAAAUAUAUCUUCUCAACCAAACCUAAUGAGUGAACCAUUGUAUUAAACUUCUAAAGUUUUGCUUAGGUCUUGUUUUUCCUAAUCAUAAAGUUAAUAAAUUUAUAAUCCAUGUAUUUCUUACUGCUGCUUAAAAUUUAAGUAAGAUAGCUGUGAGAAAUGUAGGAGGUAAUGUAAAAUACACAAGAGAAGCAACUAAAUAUUUAAUCUGUUUUGUUGUUGCAGAUACAGAGAUUCCUCAGAAAAGGUCAGAGACUAACACGGAGGCUCUGCAUAAUAAUACAAGUCGUCGCAGUUGUAGAACAAAAAAAGCUUGUGAUGAUUGGUGGGUUGUUAAAUCCCCUGUAUCUCUGGAAAACUCUUACCUUCAGCAAUCCAUUGCCAGUAAGUUACACUCUACAGGAAACAAAUCUACCACAUUGAGUAUCCUUAAAGGGACACUCUCUACCCACCAGAACCACAGCUUAAUUUAGCUCUUCUGGUGCAGAGACAGCUGGGUAACACCACUAGGUGGCGUAAAAAAAGCAAAGUCAAUCUUCUUUAUGUAAGCUUUCAGGGAGGGGGGAAAGAAUCGAAAUAGUUACAAAACACUGACAUUAGAAUUUUUUUUUUUUUUUUCUAUUAACACACUCCCCACUUACCGACCGGGUUCCGUUCCUACGACCCGGUCGGUUAGUUAGGAGUUAAGGGAUUCCCUGCUCCGGUGUGCUUGUCUAUGUUCAGGGAAACUUCCCCGAACAUAGACGAACGCACAAGAGCAGGGAAUCCCUCUAAUCUAUGCUCGGGGAAAUUUCCUCGAACAUAGGUUAGAGGGAUUCCCUGCUCUCGUGCGUUCGUUUAUGUUCGGGAAGUUUCCCGGAAUAUAGACAAGCACACCAGAGCAGGGAAUCCCCACGAUGGCUCACACUUACACCUGGUCAUAAGUGUGAGACGUCGUAAAACAGGUAGGUCGCUAAAUGAGGACCACCUGUAUAAUGUUAAUUGCAAUAAACUUAAUUUGAGCUGUUGAACCUCCAGCUUAUUAUGUAGGGAUUUGGAAUAACAUACUUAGGCCUUGUUUUAAUACGAUUUCUAGAUCCGCUUUUCAAAUUAUUAAAUUUUUUUGUAUAAACUUUUCAAAUAAUUUUUUUCAAAAUAUUAAAUCAUUUUAAACGUUUAGCCAAAAAUAUGAAAUUUAAUCCUUAAGAGCUUUUGCUGUCAUAAUAAUCAAUUUUUUUUUAUUUAAAGACCCCUAGGUUGUAACUUUGCGUUUAAGCAGGAACUUCUUCACGAUUUGUCAAGAUUUAUUGUCUGCCAAUUACUUCCUGUUAUAUAUCUUACCUUAUCAUUUUUGGCUGCAGAAUUAGUUAGCUAACUAAAUAAACUCAUGUUAACAGCAGGGCUCUAUAUCACUGGUAAUAAGUCACAGUUAAAGGGACACUAUAGGCACCCAGACCCUUUAACUGUUAUUGUCACGCUCUGCAUGAUUGUCCCUUACAGUACAGGUGUGGGGCAGAAGGGGCUAUAGUGUUAAGAAUACAGCUUUGUAUUCCUAGCACUAUAGUAUGCAUUGAAAGUGUUGCCCUCUUGUGUUUAUUAUGCAAGGAACCGUUAAAUGUGUGUUGUGUUUUUUUUUUUUUUUUUAAAUAAUUAAACUUAGACUCCAGUGCAAAAUACAGGGAAGAAGUUUUAAAUCUCAUAAAAAAAACUGCCCCAGUAUUUUAUGCUAAUGAAGAAACAGACAAUUUAUGCAUAUACGUAACAUAAUAAAAUCAAACAAACAUAAUGAUCCAAAUAAAUCUCACAGUAUAAAUAAGUCUCAGAGGAGAUGGAACUAGUAUGCAUAAUACUGCAUACUAGUGCAUAAUAUAUAGCUUGUUUGCUUCAUCUAAGUGUGUGGUUGGAGAUAUUCUGGAGAGUUUUACAGAAUCUUCAACUGUCUAAGAGUUGUGCUAAGAGUUUUCUUUUCUACUGUUAUAGGUAAGAUUCAUAUGUAGGAAAAGGUUACUGAUUGCACAAGGUUUGAUUUCCUGUUGGUAAUUAUAAGGCAUUUGAUUAGUUAGCUACUUGCUAUUGAUUGCUGUUUAAUUAGCUAUUGUUUGCAAAUAAGCAGAGGCCUAUCCAGGUGUUAAACAUUCCUAGUGGGUGGUGAUUUUAGGAGUUUUAUAUAAGGGUUGUUGUCAUUAGCUUGGCUGCUUCAUCUAAGUGUUGCUUCUAAGUGUGUGGUUGGAGAUAUUCUGGAGAGUUUUACAGAAGCUUCAACUGUCUAAGAGUUGUGCUAAGAGUUUUCUUUUCUACUGUUUCAGGUAAGAUUCAUCUGUAGGAAAAGGUUACUGUGUGCACAAGGUUUGAAUUCCUGUUGGUAAUUAUAAGGCAUUUGAUUAGUUAGUUACUUGCUAUUGAUUGCUGUUUAAAUUAGCUGUUGUUUGCAAAUAAGCAGAGGCCUACCCGGGUGUUAAACAUUCCUAGUGGGUGGUGAUUUUAGGAGUUAUAUAAGGGUUGUUGUCAUUAGCUUGGCUAAUAUAGCUUGGUUGCUUCAUCUAAGUGCUGCUUCUAAGUGUGUGGUUGGAGAUAUUCUGGAGAGUGCUGCUUCUAAGUGUGUGGUUGGAGAUAUUCUGGAGAGUGCUGCUUCUAAGUGUGUGGUUGGAGAUAUUCUGGAGAGUGCUGCUUCUAAGUGUGUGGUUGGAGAUAUUCUGGAGAGUGCUGCUUCUAAGUGUGUGGUUGGAGAUAUUCUGGAGAGUGCUGCUUCUAAGUGUGUGGUUGGAGAUAUUCUGGAGAUAAACUGGAGGUAAUCUGAGGUAUUCAGGAGGAUAAAUAAAAAGUUAAGACUCGUUUGAUUUAAAUUAUUCACCUCAUUGGAAUGGCAGACUUAGCUCAGUGUAAUAGUUGCUAUGCAUUUGUUUCAUGUUCCACUUUUUGGAGGUUUGGUUGUUGUCUAAUCUGUAGACAGUUCUCUAUCUUGCAGCAGGAGAUUGUAUUUUUGAAUUCUGAGAUAUGUAAAUUAUCUGGUGAACAAACUCAGACUGGAACUGCUGCAAAGCCACUGCCGCAGAGACAUACUAGGAAUGGCAGAUGGAUUACUGUAGGAUCUGGUAGACUUAGCGUUGUUGAUAAAAGGCAUAUUGCACAGUCUGUUGCUCUACCUAAUUCAUUUUCUGCACUUUCAGAGUGUAAUGGUGUUGUGGAGAGAGGCACUGAGGGUAGUGGUGUUGUGGAGAGAGGCACUGAGGGUAGUGGUGUUGUGGAGAGAGGCCCUGAGGCUAGUGGUGUGCAGAGAGGCCCUGAGGCUAGUGGUGUUGUGCAGAGAGGCCCUGAGGCUAGUGGUGUUGUGCAGAGAGGCCCUGAGGCUAGUGGUGGAGAGAGGCCCUGAGGCUAGUGGUGUGCAGAGAGGCCCUGAGGCUAGUGGUGUUGUGCAGAGAGGCCCUGAGGCUAGUGGUGUUGUGCAGAGAGGCCCUGAGGCUAGUGGUGUUGUGCAGAGAGGCCCUGAGGCUAGUGGUGUUGUGCAGAGAGGCCCUGAGGCUAGUGGUGUUGUGCAGAGAGGCCCUGAGGCUAGUGGUGUUGUGCAGAGAGGCCCUGAGGCUAGUGGUGUUGUGCAGAGAGGCCCUGAGGCUAGUGGUGUUGUGCAGAGAGGCCCUGAGGCUAGUGGUGUUGUGCAGAGAGGCCCUGAGGCUGGUGGUGGUGUGGAGACAGGUUCAGGCACUGAGGUUAGUGGUGUUGUGGAGACUAUGGUGAGGCCUAAUAGAAAGCAGUUGUUGUUGGGGGAUUCCAUCAUAAGAGGUAUGGAGAUGAACAAUGGUGGUCUUGUGAGGUGUCUUCCCGGAUCUACUGCUCACAGAGACAGGAGCCGUAUCUGUAAUAUUGUUAAGCGAGCAAAGCAGGAAGGGGAAUUGGAUGUACUUGUCCAUCUAGGGACAAAUGACUUGGCUUGCAAUGAGGUUUCAGAGGUUAAGGAUGUUUUCAGUGUUUUUGCCAAAGAUAUAUAUACGGCAGGUUGCUUCUACACUGUCAUUCUCUGAAGUUCUACCUGUGCGUAACACUCAGAACGACAGGCGGAUGCUUAUUAGGGACUUUAAUUUGUGGCUUGGUGAAUGGUGUCGGGAGCAAGGAUUUGGCUUUAUUUCUCAUGGUAGCUCUGUUUGGAAUGGAAAUAAACUGUACAAAAAAGAUGGUUUGCAUCUUUCUCAAAAGGGAACAAAUGUUAUCAGUGAGCAGUUCAGAGGUUUUGCUAGGAUGUAUUUAAACUACGGGGGGGGUGCAAAAGGGUGAUAAAACAUCAAUCCAAUUGUCCCCCAAAACAAAGACAGAUGGUGCCUGCAGCAAGUGUGUUAAAAAAUGAUAAGCUUAGAGUCAUGUCUACAAAUGCUCGCAGUUUAGGGAAUAUGAACAUGUGGCAAUAAUGGCAACUGAUAGUGUAGAUUUAGUCGCUGUUACUGAGACAUGGUAUCAUGAGAAAAAUGACUGGGACAAAGCAAUACCAGGGUACUCUUUAUAUAGAAAAGACAGGGAAGGCAAGAAAGGGGGAGGAGUUGCCCUGUAUGUGAAGAAUAGCAUAAAAUCUAGCCUAACAAGUUAGUGAGGCUACAUAGUAUGUUUGGGUUACGUUAGAAUUUGGUAAUCACACAGUAACUUGUGUAGGUGUGAUUUAUAGGCCCCCAGGACAAAUUGAAGAGUUAGAUUAUCUACUAGUUGAGGAAAUAGCUAAAAUGACAAUGAAGGGGGAAGUUAUCAUCAUGGGUGACUUUAAUCUUCCUGUUGUGAAUUUUAAAACAAAAAUAGAUGCUUGUGCCAGGAGCACACAUAUUCUAAACUCCCUACUGGGAUUGUGUCUAAAACAAGUUGUUGAGGAGCCAACUCGUAAAGAGGCCAUACUAGAUUUAGUGUUAACAAAUGGAGAUUUGGUAUCAGAUAUUACUGUAGAUGAAAGUUUAGGAUCCAGUGAUCAUCAGUCAGUGUGGUUUAAUAUAAGAACAGUGACUGAGUCACACCACACAAAAACAAAAGUUUUAGACUUUAGAAAAACAGACUUUUCUAAAAUUAGAAUAUGGGUAGAGGAGUCAUUAUCAGACUGGAGCAAUUUAAAUGGAGUCCAAGAAAAAUGGGAUUAUUUAAAAGUUGCACUAUUGAAGGCAACAGAAAAUUGCAUUAGGCUUGUCAGUAAAAGCAAAAAAUUCAAGAAACCACUGUGGUACUCCGCAGAUGUGGCCAAAAUAGUUAAAAACAAAAAGUUAGCAUUUAGGAAUUAUAAAAAAACCCAGAGUGAGGAAGACAAAAUGAUCUAUAAGAUUAGGCAGAAAGAGGCUAAGCAAGUUAUAAGAGCUUCCAAAUCACACACAGAAGAGAAAAUAGCACAGUCAGUAAAAAAGGGGGAUAAAACAUUUUUUAGAUACAUAAAUGAGAAAAGAAAAGUAAAACAAGGAUUAGUUAGAUUAAAAACAAAAGAAGGAAGGUAUGUAGAAGAGGAUAAAGGUCUAGCUGACUGCCUCAAUUAAUAUUUUUGUUCAGUAUUUACAGAUGAAAAUGAAGGAAAGGGACCUCAGUUAAGAAAAAGGAUAAAUUAGUCAUUUAUUACACGUGAGUUUACAGAGGAAGAGGUUCUAUUUCAACUGUCAAAAGUAAAGACAAAUAAGUCAAUGGGACCUGAUGGAAUACACCCAAAGCUAUUAAAAGAGCUUAGUGGUGUACUAGCAAAACCAUUAACAGAUUUAUUUAACCAGUCAUUGUUAACAGGAGUAGUCCCAGAAGAUUGGAAGUUAGCGAAUGUUGUGCCCAUUCACAAGAAAAGUAUUAGGGAGGAGUCGGGCAACUAUAGGCCAGUAAGCCUUACUUCAGUAGUGGGGAAAGUGAUAGAAACCAUGUUAAAGGAUAGGAUUGAUGAACAUCUAAAAACACAUGGAUUUCAAGAUCAGAGACAACAUGGGUUUACUUCAGGGAGAUCAUGCCAAACUAAUCUUAUUGAUUUUUUUGAUUGGGCAACUAAAAUUAUAGAUCAGGGUGGUGCAGUAGACAUUGCGUACCUAGAUUUCAGUAAGGCGUUUGACACUGUUGCACAUAGAAGGCUUAUCAAUAAACUGCAAUCUUUAAGUUUGGAUUCCAAUAUUGUUGAAUGGGUAAGGCAGUGGCUGAGUGACAGGCAACAGAGGGUUGUAGUCAAUGACGUCUAUUCAGAGCUUGGGCUUGUCACCAGUGGGGUACCUCAUGGAUCUGUACUUGUUUUGAAUAUUUUUAUUUUUAAGCAUAUUAGGAAUUUAGGCAUCAAACUGAUUUAUAACAAGGCAAUUGAUUGCCCACGCAGGGGCUGCAACAUUAAUAUAACACAGUAUUCCUUCGGUUGCCUGCGCAAAGCGGGUUUGUUUUAAAUGCUUCUUUUGUAAUUGGCAUUGCAGAUACAAGCAGGUAGUCAUUCAUGUUUCAUGGGAAGCUCAUGGUUGCCUGCGCAGAGGCGUUACAGAUAAAACAUGCAGGUACAUUAGGAACUAGGGUUUGCAACAGAUACUAGCUCUAGGAAUCCACAUGACUUCGUUCAGGUUGUGGGCUUAGAUUAUUUUUACAUUUGUCUUGUUGUUUGUCAUCUAGCUGUGUGUUGCUAAGGGUAGACAGGUAAACGGAGUCGUUACCAGAGAGGUAUGGUGGUGAUGGUGUGAAGGUCUAAGGCUAGUCUUGGGGCGUGAUUUCCCAUUUCCCUUGGGGGCUUUGGUGGGAAUUCAGCUUGUGUGUCUGUUGGAUCUGUACUUGGACCCAUUCUCUUUAAUGUUUUUAUUAGUGAUAUUGCAGAAGGCUUUGAUGGUAAGGCAUGUCUUUUUGCUGAUGAUACUAAGAUAUGUAACAGGGUUGAUGUUCCAGGAGGGAUAAGCCAAAUGGCAAAUGAUUUAGGUAAACUAGAAAAAUGUUGUGGCAACUGACAUUUAAUGUGGAUAAGUGCAAGAUAAUGCAUCUUGGACGUAAAAACCCAAGGGCAGAGUACAGAAUAUUUGAUAGAGUUCUAACCUCAACAUAUGAGGAAAGGGAUUUAGAGGUGAUUAUUUCUGAUGAUUUAAAGGUAGGCAGACAAUGUAAUAGAGCAGCAGGAAAUGCUAGCAGAAUGCUUAGUUGUAUAGGGAGAGGUAUUAGCAGUAGAAAGAGGGAAGUGCUCAUGCCAUUGUACAGAACACUGGUGAGACCUCACUUGGAGUAUUGUAUGCAGUACUGGAGACCGUAUCUUCAGAAAGAUAUUGAUACUUUAAAGAGAGUUCAGAGAAGGGCUACUAAACUGGUUCAUGGAUUGCGGGAUAAAACUUACCAGGAAAGGUUAAAGGAUCUUAACAUGUAUAGCUUGGAGGAAAGACGAGACAGGGGAUAUGAUAGAAACAUUUAAAUAUAUAAAGGGAAUCAACACAGUAAAGGAGGAGACUAUAUUUAAAAGAAGAAAAACCACCACAACAAGAGGACAUAGUCUUAAAUUAGAGGGACAAAGGUUUAAAAAUAUCAGGAAGUAUUACUUUACUGAGAGGGUAGUGGAUGCAUGGAAUAGCCUUCCAGCUGAAGUGGUAGAGGUUAACACAGUAAAGGAGUUUAAGCAUGCAUGGGAUAGACCUAUGGCUAUCCUAGCUAUAAGAUAAGGCCAGGGACUAAUUAAAGUAUUUAGAAAAUUGGGCAGACUAGAUGGGUCGAAUGGUUCUUAUCUGCCGUCACAUUCUAUGUUUCUAUGUUAUUGUCAGGCAGGGAAAUCAUCCAGACUUCCAGCAACUGCUUUCAACAUGAUUUUUCCAAGUGUACCAACCCUUACCAGAGCUAAUGAAAAGCGUUUGCUAUUUCUUUUUAGAUUUCUAUUCACCAAGCUAGUUUUGCAAUUGAAGAUCAGGUUCUGCUGGGGACCAAGCCUCCUUUCAUACUUCCUGAGCAGGAUCUGGUUGCUGCAGAGUUACAGAAGUUAGGUCUAAAUCCUGCCAUGCAUUCAUGAAAUAUGCACAGAAUUGCCAUUAGCCAGCCUUUUACUCCUGUUCCAAGUUAGUUAAAGAAGGCUGCCAGAGGUGGCGUUGCAUACCAAGGAGCAACAUAAAAUAUUUAAGUACAAUAUGUGCAGGAUGUGGGACCAAACCUUCUUAUAUACAGACAAGGAGAUGUGUACCAUAGUGGUCUGCCCGUCCAUAAGGCAAGUUUCAUUUACCAUUUAGAAUCAAAAGCCAUAUGAGCUACUUGGGUGAUUGUAUUAUAUAGCUUUUGGAGCUUGGUAGAGAAACUAUCCAAAGGUAUCGACAAUUAGGACCAAGAGUCCAAAUGAAAAACUUGAAUGAUGAGGUCCUGAAUGGUGCGCAAGAACAAAACCGCCUUAGGACAGGAUGACCUUUCAUACCACUAAAUCUCCAACAGAAGUCUGGGUUUGUCUUACCCAUUCAAAAUAUCCAGCAUAUGAAUAUUUUGACUGAUGAGAGCAGACAUCCUCUCGAUUAUUUGUAUUAAUCUAUGAAAGGUACCAUGAUCAUUCAGGUCUUUCUAUAGACCCCAUUUUGUUCUCUUGUGCAUUGGUAAGGUAAAUAUGGAUAAUGGCUCAUGGAAAGUGACACUGUUAGCAGUUAAAUGAAAAAUUCAGAAGCAAAGAGUUACUUCAAGCACCAUGACCGCUUUACUGGUUUUAAGUGGUUAUGGUGCAAGGACACUAGAAGUGCAUCAAAAUCCUGCACAUACUUAAAUAUUUUAUGUUGCUCCUGGAUAUGUAACACCACCUUUGGCAGCCUUUUUUAACUAACGUGGACUAGGAAUUAAAGGAACACUAUAGUCACUUUAGCUUAAUGAAGCAGUUUUUGUGUGUAGUUCAUGCUUCUCAGGUUUUACUGCUCAAUUAAAUAAAAACAGGUGAGUAAGCGCUAAAUAACACAAAUGAGCAGCAACCCUAAAAAGGGAAUCCCUCAGGAACCCUUAAGGAUAAGACACAAAAAAUAUAGAGUAAGGGCUGCGCUUAAAAAAUAAAUAUAUAAAAGUCCAGAUGAAAUAAAUAAAUAAAUAGAUAAAUGAAUAAAUAAAGUAGAAGAGGUCUUAUCUUGCAGUGUCCGUAGUGCUUAGUCAAAGGUAAUAAUCUUGUUUUCUGUCUUGCUUUCUGUCUUUCUUGUGGAUCGUCUCUUAUGUAAGAUAUAAAAACAAAUACAAAACCACAAUGGUGCAGUAUAUCUAUAUGGGUAAGGAAUAAAAUAUAAAGGCUUGAUUGCAAACUCACAUAUCCAAGAGCUAGGACCUGCUCUGGUAUAAAAGGCGUACAGCGGUUUAGAUCCCCGCUUAUGGGAUAUAGGAUGGUUAUCCUCCACGUGUUUCCUCCUUCCGUGGUUUAAAAGAUGCUCAAAUAAAAAGAGACAGCCAAUAGUGUUCUCUGCGUAAAAUUAAACUCCAAUAUGAAAUAGAAUAAAAAAAUGGAUACUCACAAGACAGGAGCAGGUCAACUGCUCCUGAUAUUUCGCACUGGUGGAAUAAUCCCCACCUAGGAUUGCUUGGAGUCCAGCGAAUGAUGCCAGGUAGUAAUAAUAAUUAUAUGUGUAUUAAAAGAUAAGUAAUACAAUAAAAGAUUAUAAAAUAUACUUUAAUUGUAACAUUACACAAUAUAAAAAACCAUAAACGCGUUUCGCCAAUCGGCGUUAUCAAUAUGGGUAAAGGACCUGAUACCUGGCAGAAGAACAUUUAAAUAGCAUACUCAAUUGACUCAAAAAUUGGCGCCAAAAUUUGGACAGCCAAUCAGAUUGCAGUAACAAAUUACAUACAGUAUAACACUAGUAAAACAUAAACAAUAGUAUGUAUUAAGGUAAAGCUAAAAUAGACAUUAUAAGUUAUAUAAUUAGACUUUAAAAACGAUCAGUGGUUAUUUAAAAGAAGAAAAAAGAUUCUAAAGUGCGCGGUCACGUGACCGGCAUCACAGCCGCAAGGGGUUAUGGGGUAUGUAGUUUGACGCCGGCCGGCACUGCGCAGCCGCCGGCGUCAUGAGAGGGAACUGGUGGCUGGCGUCUGUUCGCAUAACAGAUGCGUCCAGACGCCAGUAGGAGGAGCGAGGGGCGGAUGUACUGGUGACGGCGGCACGCACAAGACAGUGGCCGCCGUCAUCAGAAAGAAAAUAGACGACGGCUCACACAACGCUGUGGCCGUCGUCAUGGAGAUGCUACAUAGCUAUAUAAGGCUGAAUGGAAAGAAGGGGGAAAAGAAAAGAAACAAAUAAUAUUGAAAUCAUAUAUAAGUGGAAUAAAAUAAAAUAAAAUAAAUGGAGCUGACAAAUAAAAGGAAAUAUGGAAUAAAAAUAAAAAUAAAUAUAAAUAUAAAAUAAAAACAUGAUGGGAAGAGAAGCAGGCAGGUAAAGGGCAGCAUCAUAUCUGCUCUACUGGAUAAUAAGGGUGGGCAUAGUGAAAUAAUAUAAAAACAUAUGGUUAUAAAAAGAAUGAUUAUAAAAAAUGGAUUAUAAAAAAUUAAAUAAAUCAAAAUCAGCAUUCAGACCAUAAGGUGCAAGGGUUUGGAGUGUAUAAACCCACUCCAUCUCUUUUUUGCCUAGAAUAUUUUUAAUAUUUCCACCCCUCCAUGGGACCAUAUAUUUACCUAUAGCAAUGCAUUUAAGCAUUUUAGGAUCUUUAUUAUGUAUAAUAAAAUGUUUGGAUACUGAGUGAUUUAAGUAUCCAUUCUUAAUAUUUCUGCAGUGUUCGCUCAGACGUAUUUUUAGACACCUUGUGGUCAUUCCAACAUAUUGGAGGCCGCAAGGGCAUUCAAGCAGAUAUAUUACAUUUUUCGUGGAGCAGUUAAUAAAAUCAUUUAUUUUGUAAACCUUGUUUGUCCUUUUUGAUGUAAAUUCCGUUACUUUGGAUGGGACAUCAGGAUUGGUGGAUUUACACACAAUGCACAUUUUACACUUACAGAAACCUUUUAUUUGUGGAAAAAAGGAUAUAGGGGGAUUUUUUUUAUGAUUUUUUUCUCUUGUAAAAUUGUUGGUCAGAAUAGAUUUAAAAUUUUGGGCACCCCUAAAUAUAAUAUUGGGGCGUUCAGGUAUAAUUUUGUUUAGUAUUUCGUCUUGUUUAAGAAGGUGCCAAUGUUUUUUAAUGAUUUUUUUAACAUAAUUACUUUUAUUAUUAAAGUUAAAAAUAAUUGGUAAAGGCAUUUCUGUGUCCGUAGUUUUGGGUUUGUAUUUUAGGAGUUCAUUCCUAUCUUUCCCUUGGAUCUCCUUAAUUGUAGUUUCUAAAUCUGAUUUUGGAUAGUUUUUUUCAACAAAUUUGUCUUUUAAAAGAUUCGCUUGUAUCUCAAAGUCUUUAAGUUCUGAACAAUUUCUUCUCAGUCUGAGAAUUUGACUUUUAGGGGCGCUGUCUAACCAUGGUUGGUAAUGACAGCUAUUUUUGUCAAUAGCAGUAUUAACACAAACCUUUUUAAAGAAAGUUUUUGUAUGUACCAUACCAUUUUUUAUAAAAAUAUCGAGGUCUAAAAAAUUGAUUUGUUCUCUACUGUAUUCGCAGGUGAGUAUUAUACCUCUAUUAUUCAGGUUGAGGUUAGUAAUAAAAGAAUUUAGAGCUUCUUCAGUACCAUUCCAAAUAAAAAACAGAUCAUCAAUAUAUCUGAAAAAGGAAACCAGGUUCGCUCUCCACGCGUGGUUACCCAAAAUGGCUUGUGACUCCCAGUCAGCCAUAAACAAAUUUGCAUAGCUGGGAGCAAACCUGGUCCCCAUGGCAGUACCUCUUUUUUGCAGAUAAAAGGAGUCUAAAAACCAAAAAUAGUUAUUGUUUAAUCAAUAAAAGCUUCAAAAGGUUUAAAAGUAUUAGUAGGGGCAAACUUAAGACCUUUAGUUAAAACCGCUAGGUGUGUACUGUUUAAAAUCUUUUGUGACAGAUUAAAAAUGCCUCCGUUAGUUACAUUAAGAGAAGGUGCUAUCUUUCUAGUCUUUCUCUUUUGUUCGCGUCUACCACUUCUUCAUACCUCAUGAUAUAGGCUGUCAAGCUGUAAAAGAUAUUUUAACCAAAGAAGGAAAAAUUGCCAACCAACAAAUAGAGUUCAUUUUAGAAGGUAUCAAUAUUAUUUUAAACAAUAACUAUUUUUAGUUUUUAGACUCCUUUUAUCUGCAAAAAAGAGGUACUGCCAUGGGGACCAGGUUUGCUCCCAGCUAUGCAAAUUUGUUUAUGGCCGACUGGGAGUCACAAGCCAUUUUUGGUAACCAUGCGUGGAGAACAAACCUGGUUUCCUUCUUCAGAUAUAUUGACGAUCUGUUUUUUAUUUGGAAUGGUACCGAAGAAGCUCUAAAUUCUUUUAUCACUAACCUCAACCUGAAUAAUAGAGGUAUAAUACUCACCUGCGAAUACAGUAGAGAACAAAUCAAUUUUUUAGACCUCGAUAUUUUUAUAAAAAAUGGUAUGGUACAUACAAAAACUUUCUUUAAAAAGGUUUGUGUUAAUACUGCUAUUGACAAAAAUAGCUGUCAUUACCAACCAUGGUUAGACAGCGCCCCUAAAAGCCAAAUUCUUAGACUGAGAAGAAACUGUUCAGAACUUAAAGACUUUGAGAUACAAGCGAAUCUUUUAAAAGAUAAAUUUGUUGAAAAAAACUAUCCAAAAUCAGAAUUAGAAACUACAAUUAAGGAGAUCCAAGGGAAAGAUAGGAAUGAACUCCUAAAAUACAGACCCAAAACUACUGACACAGAAAUGCCCUUACCAAUUAUUUUUAAUUUUAAUAAUAAAAGUAAUUAUGUCAAAAAAAUCAUUAAAAAACAUUGGCACCUUCUUAAACAAGACGAAAUACUAAACAAAAUUAUACCUGAACGCCCCAAUAUUAUAUUUAGGGGUGCCCAAAAUUUUAAAUCUAUUCUGACCAACAAUUUUACAAGAGAAAAAAAUCAUAAAAAAAAUCCCCCUAUAUCCUUUUUUCCACAAAUAAAAGGUUUCUGUAAGUGUAAAAUGUGCAUUGUGUGUAAAUCCACCAAUCCUGAUGUCCCAUCCAAAGUAACGGAAUUUACAUCAAAAAGGACAAACAAGGUUUACAAAAUAAAUGAUUUUAUUAACUGCUCCACGAAAAAUGUAAUAUAUCUGCUUGAAUGCCCUUGCGGCCUCCAAUAUGUUGGAAUGACCACAAGGUGUCUAAAAAUACGUCUGAGUGAACACUGCAGAAAUAUUAAGAAUGGAUACUUAAAUCACUCAGUAUCCAAACAUUUUAUUAUACAUAAUAAAGAUCCUAAAAUGCUUAAAUGCAUUGCUAUAGGUAAAUAUAUGGUCCCAUGGAGGGGUGGAAAUAUUAAAAAUAUUCUAGGCAAAAAAGAGAUGGAGUGGGUUUAUACACUCCAAACCCUUGCACCUUAUGGUCUGAAUGCUGAUUUUGAUUUAUUUAAUUUUUUAUAAUCCAUUUUUUAUAAUCAUUCUUUUUAUAACCAUAUGUUUUUAUAUUAUUUCACUAUGCCCACCCUUAUUAUCCAGUAGAGCAGAUAUGAUGCUGCCCUUUACCUGCCUGCUUCUCUUCCCAUCAUGUUUUUAUUUUAUAUUUAUAUUUAUUUUUAUUUUUAUUCCAUAUUUCCUUUUAUUUGUCAGCUCCAUUUAUUUUAUUUUAUUUUAUUCCACUUAUAUAUGAUUUCAAUAUUAUUUGUUUCUUUUCUUUUCCCCCUUCUUUCCAUUCAGCCUUAUAUAGCUAUGUAGCAUCUCCAUGACGACGGCCACAGCGUUGUGUGAGCCGUCGUCUAUUUUCUUUCUGAUGACGGCGGCCACUGUCUUGUGCGUGCCGCCGUCACCAGUACAUCCGCCCCUCGCUCCUCCUACUGGCGUCUGGACGCAUCUGUUAUGCGAACAGACGCCAGCCACCAGUUCCCUCUCAUGAUGCCGGCGGCUGCGCAGUGCCGGCCGGCGUCAAACUACAUACCCCAUAACCCCUUGCGGCUGUGAUGCCGGUCACGUGACCGCGCACUUUAGAAUCUUUUUUCUUCUUUUAAAUAACCACUGAUCGUUUUUAAAGUCUAAUUAUAUAACUUAUAAUGUCUAUUUUAGCUUUACCUUAAUACAUACUAUUGUUUAUGUUUUACUAGUGUUAUACUGUAUGUAAUUUGUUACUGCAAUCUGAUUGGCUGUCCAAAUUUUGGCGCCAAUUUUUGAGUCAAUUGAGUAUGCUAUUUAAAUGUUCUUCUGCCAGGUAUCAGGUCCUUUACCCAUAUUGAUAACGCCGAUUGGCGAAACGCGUUUAUGGUUUUUUAUAUUGUGUAAUGUUACAAUUAAAGUAUAUUUUAUAAUCUUUUAUUGUAUUACUUAUCUUUUAAUACACAUAUAAUUAUUAUUACUACCUGGCAUCAUUCGCUGGACUCCAAGCAAUCCUAGGUGGGGAUUAUUCCACCAGUGCGAAAUAUCAGGAGCAGUUGACCUGCUCCUGUCUUGUGAGUAUCCAUUUUUUUAUUCUAUUUCAUAUUGGAGUUUAAUUUUACGCAGAGAACACUAUUGGCUGUCUCUUUUUAUUUGAGCAUCUUUUAAACCACGGAAGGAGGAAACACGUGGAGGAUAACCAUCCUAUAUCCCAUAAGCGGGGAUCUAAACCGCUGUACGCCUUUUAUACCAGAGCAGGUCCUAGCUCUUGGAUAUGUGAGUUUGCAAUCAAGCCUUUAUAUUUUAUUCCUUACCCAUAUAGAUAUACUGCACCAUUGUGGUUUUGUAUUUGUUUUUAUAUCUUACAUAAGAGACGAUCCACAAGAAAGACAGAAAGCAAGACAGAAAACAAGAUUAUUACCUUUGACUAAGCACUACGGACACUGCAAGAUAAGACCUCUUCUACUUUAUUUAUUCAUUUAUCUAUUUAUUUAUUUAUUUCAUCUGGACUUUUAUAUAUUUAUUUUUUAAGCGCAGCCCUUACUCUAUAUUUUUUACUGCUCAAUUCACUGCCAUUUUGACGUUAAAUCACUUUUUCUGUUUAUGCAGCCCUUGCCACACCUCCCCUGACUCUGAUUGACACAGCCUGCAUGAAAAAAAACAAAACUGGUUUCCCUUUCAAUCAGAUCUAAUUUACCUUAAACAAUUGUAUCUCUUGCUCUGUAAAUUUAACUUUAAUCACAUAGAGGAGGCUCUUGCAAUCUCCAGCAAGCUAUUAAAAGGACACUCCAGUGCCAGGAAAACAAACUGUUCCGCCGGUGGGGGAGACCUAAUGCGCAUGUGCGGCAAUGUCGCGUGCGCGCAUUAGACCUCUCCAUAGGAAAGCAUUGAAAAUGCUUUCAAUGCUUUCCUAUGGGGAAUUGAGCGACGCUGCAGGUCCUCACACAGCGUGAGGAUGUCCAGCGACUCUCUAGCACAGAAAACCUGUGCUAGAAACCAGGAAGUACCCUCUAGUGGCUGUCUAGUAGACAGCCACUAGAGGAGGCGUUAACCCUGCAAUGUAAUUAUUGCAGUUUAUGAAAACUGCAAUAUUUAAAGCUGCAGGGUUAAGAGUAGUGGGAGUUGGCACCCAGGCCACUCCAAUAGGCAGAAAUGGUCUGGGUGCAUGGAGUGUCCUUUAACAUAGCAGGGGAUAAGAAAAUCUAAAUUAAACAGAACUUGCAAUAAAAGAAGCAUAAACUUUAGAUGACUCUUUACAGGAAGUGUUUAGGAAAGCUGUGCAAGUCACAUGCAGGGAGGUGUGACUAGUGUUCAUAAACAAAGUGAUUUAACUCCUAAAUGGUAGAGAAUUGAGCAGUGAAACUGCAGGGACAUGAUCUAUACACCAAAACUGUUUCAUUAAGCUAAAGUGUUCCUUUAAGGGCUGGCUAACGGUAAUUUCGUGCAUAUUUCAUGUAUGAAUGGCAGGAUUUACAUCUAACUUCUGUUACUCUGCUGCAACCAGAUCCUUUUCAGCAAGUAUGAAAGGAGGCUUGGUCCCCAACAGCACCUGGUCUUCAAUUGCAACACUAGCUUGGUGUACCAUUAAUUCAGUUUCAGUAUAAUAAAUACAAAUAGAAAAUGUUGUUACACUGGAAAAAUCUUGUUGACAGCAGUUGCUGGAAGCCUGGAUAGGCUCAUUGGAAAAGUCUGGGUGUAGUGUCUCAGGUUCCUUAACCAUGCAAAGGUAAUUAUUGCAGUUUUUAAUAAACUACAAUAAUAAUAAACUUACCUUUGAGGGUCAACUCCACCUCUAGUGGUUGUCUACCAGACAGCCACUAGAGGAACUUCCGGGUUGUGUUGCCUAACUGGCGCUGCAUGUCCUCACGCUAUACAUGAGGACUUAAAGUGCCAUGUAAAAUACUUUAGGAAAGCAUUAAACAGGCUUUUCUUUAGGGGAAGUUCUAAUGUGAACACUGCCAUUGCCCUGCAUGCGCUUUAGGACAACGGCGCUGGAAUCAGGUAAGGUUUUAAAAAAAUUUAAAAAAAGGCUGCACCACGAGCGGCUCGACGGAGGGUGGCACUAUAGGGAAAAAUAGUGCCAGAAAAAUAACUUAAUUUGCCUGGCACUAUAGUUUCACUUUAAGACACAGUGAGUGGCUGCAUUUAUGAAUAGAGAUGUAUUUACUGACUUUUAUUGAUUGAACUUCAUUUCUGUUCUUUAUUUAUGAAACUGCUGUUGAAUGCUAUUUAGUUUAUUAUUAAAGUGAGCCAAUAUUGGCAUUUUUUCUUACAUUUUUAACAGUUUCUGUAACAAAUAUUUUUACAUUAUGCUUCAUUAAAUUAUCACAUGCAAGUUAAGUAAUAAGCAAAUUCUAAUCGUUUAACUAAAACGAGAGAUUCUUAAAAAAUUUUGUACUGUACAAUAUAUUUGUUUGCUCGUCUAGGUGGACCUCCUGAGAAUGAGUCGCAUUCUGCAAGUAAGGAAGCAGUAAAGAAAAAGUCAAGAAAGGAGAAACAAAGGUUCACAAGUCCGGUUCUCUGUGAAAAUAAUUACCCCAGUGACUCCUGCACCAGUGUGGAAGCCGUUGAAAACUUAUCACCAAAAUUAUCAUUAAGAAAACGAAAAGUUUCUGAUAACAAUGUCCAAAAUAAUGAGGCACAUGCAGUGCCCAAAAAGAGGCCAAAAUCCAUACUUAAAGCCAAUUCCAAAAUAAAAGAAUCAAAAGAUAUUCAAGAAAACCAUAGUGAAAUAGAAGAUGUUCUCAGUGUCGGUGAGGAGUGUAUAAUUAACAGAAAGAAAAGAUCUCAUGUGUCAACAUUACACAGAUCAGUUAUGACUGGAGAGCAAAACCAAUCUGUUAAAAAUAUUAGGAAGUCAUUGGCUGCAUUUGGGGUUGCAUAUGGGAAAAGUCCACCUGCAAAUAAGACUGUACAAAAUGCACUUAAUGAGAGUGACACAGAGUCUGCAAAGUGUCCACGUGAAGCCUUUCUUAACACUCCAACAAAAAAUAGAAAUUUGGUAUCCUCCUUUAGAACCCCUGUGUCACAUUCUGAACAUAUGUUGGACGACUCUCUUCACAAGUCUAUAUGUCAAGAAUCCUUGUGUAAUGAAAACCAGGAUUCUCAAACAGAGAACAGUUCCACUGCAAAGUAAGUAGUUUAGGUGUAUGAUUGCCAGUUUUCACAUUUGUUUUUACCUGCCAUAGUUUUUAGUUAUUAAUUUAUUUCCUAUCCAAUAAUAAUUGAUGACAGUGUCUAUGUUUGUGUUGGUUGUUCCACAAGUGAUAGCAUAAAUGCAUAUAUUUCAGUAGAAAUUGUUAAUUAGUUUUGGAACAUAACUGUUAAGUGAUUUUUUUGAUCAUGUGUAUUUAUACUGAAAUCGAUUUUAUUCAUCUUAGUGAGAGCCCUGCCAUUAAACGAUCUGUAGAAUCCAAAAGUUCAAAGAAGAAGCAGAUUAGUCCAGACCACUCAGACGAUCCAGGUAACUUAAAUUGAAUGCAUCUUACAGAGGCAAUGUCGGACCAUAACCAACUCAUUGAGAGAAAGGAAGUCCACCAACAUGG